AUGGUCUACCCGCCCGCCUCCAACAUGCUGCUGAUGGUCAGUCUUGUUUUAUACCAGCACAAUAAAAAGGGGAUUAGAUCAUGUUUUCAUCGAAGUACUAGCUUUUGUUUUGCAAAGAGAAUACAGUGCGUGUCUUCUGUACACCGCUAAAAAAAUCACAGAAGCUUUUCAAGGAUAAAGAUUUGUGAAGAGAUAAACUAUAAGGAACUUUCUACAUGUGGCGCUCCCUGUGGUCAGACUUUUGUAUUACCUCUAAUUUUGUUGCUUGCAUUGCCUUACAGGUUCGGUAAAUACAGUUCAAUAUCGAAUUGUCUCAUCUACUGUCUGUGUUAAGGUUUAUGGUUUUUACCAGAUUACUAAAGUCCCUUUCAGACAUAAAAAGUUCCUGAAAAUUUCCCCUAAUGUCUCUGUGGCGAGUCUUCCUUCAUGACGUAAACCAGAAUAUUUCCUGCUGGUCCUUUAGGAUCAUUUCAGGGUGAAGUCUGGGUGAGCUUAUGCAAGAAUGCAGCAGAUAAUUUCAGAUAAUUCCAUGAGUAGUGUCACAGAAAGCAGGAGGGGGUGUUGAUGUUUCUCAUGCGGCUGGUGUUCUGCUCUAAGGUUGAAAAAAGCUGCAAAAGCAUGAAUCAAUAAGGUGUAAAAGGUCCUGAAUUGGCCUCAUAUUCACAUUUACAUUUAAAGGUGGGGUAGGCAGGAUCUGAGGAAGUUCCAGUUUUUAGGAGAAAUCUUGAAUGUAAACUCUACCCCUACCAACCAGUUUCCCCCUCAGCUCCUCCUCUCCCCUCCCUCUCUGCUCCAGUAAGCCCCGCCCACAAACAGACGCUCCUGCUUGCUUGUAUCAUUCCAAUUAAAUUCAGAUAUAAUGCAGAUAAAUACUUCAGAUCAUUACAAAUGGGGCCCAGUCAAGGUGAAAGUCAAAAGCAUUGGUGCUACUGUAGAUGCCAACAGACUACCAGCAAACACAAUGUUUGCAGGACUUCUACAACUACGAUAAAGUGACAUAGUCCAGGACCCGAGGGAGGACAGUUUAGCGAUGGCGCUACAACACGCUACAGCAGGUCCGUUUGACAAGAAACACUUCUGUUACAGACACUUGUCUUACUUUGUUAAAGCGGUUUACCUGUCCAGCAGAAAGGUUACAGGGUCUGUAAGAUCCCGAAGCGUCCCCCAUCGUUUAUGUUGACCCGGCUUUUUAGCUCUUGUCCGGUCUACCUCCUUUUUAAGCGCCCGUUAUUCUGCCAGAGUCUCCGGUAUUUCGUUAAUUUUCUUGCUUGUGUCGGCAGUCGUGGCCAAAGGAGGAUUCAGACAAUUUUCCGAACUUUCUGGUUGGUUUCUACUGUCCGAUAUUGUAGCACGCUAACUUUGUUUGGGCUCGUGAACGACACAACACGUCAGUGGAUUUACGAACAGACACAUAUUCACAAAACAUGAGAUGAAAACAAGAACAAAGAGAAUAAGACAAAAAGUAAAUUAAAACUUAUGGAGGAGAUAAGUUAAAGGAUCAGAGGCUUCAGCGUUCAUGAUCAGCCUCCUGAAACCCCCUCCAUUGCUGGGUUGGAGCCCCUUAUAUUUCCUGUAAUAUGGCUCACUUUCAGCCUGUUGCCGUGACGACCUAACAAUUUGACUUCUUGACUCGUCCAUGACGGAUAUAAUCAUGUAGAUUCAAUGUUUAAAUAAGUUUAAAAGUUCAGCAAAGUCAUUUCUCUUCCUAAAAUCAACAACCUCUAACGUUUUCACUGUAGGGAGACAAACCCAGCUGUCCGUGCAGCACAAAUACAAAUGUAAAGUUAGACCAGAGUAUAAAGAUGAUUUAUUCCCUUUUCAUUCAGAGUUAAAUGCCUGGAGGUUUAAGGUUUCUGCCUAAAUGCAAAAAGACAAAUCUCAUGUUUGUGUUGGAAUUCAUGUUCUUGCUUUUGGUCUCUGAGGAUUCGGCCACUUCAAUCAUAACCUUCACGUACUGUAAGGGCUGGAGUGGAAAAAUGUACGACGGAGGAAUCUAUUAGAGAUACUUUUCUACAAAAUAACAAUCCAGGGCUCAAACGCAGCGUCUUCCAGGAGAAUGAAUCUCUCUCUGCUUUGUGGGUGUUUAAAAUAAAUCUACAGAUGUCUUUGUUUUUCUCUCCUCUUGCAGAGGUACAGUGAAGAAAUAGCUGACAUUGCUCAGUACUGGGUGGACUUUUGUAUUCUGAAGCAUGGACCACCCGGCACCCGCAUGAUCGACGGUAUUUUCCACCCUUUAUCUAGGUGUAAUUCUCCUUUAACAUUUUACCCCUGUAUUAUUCCCAUAGAAUUUCAAUAAUCCCUCAGAGAUGAAUUCAGCUUUAUGGCUCGCUGUGAACUGACUGACCUUAUGACUGAUGGUAGCACUGAGCGUUAUCUGAUCUCCAGUCUAAAAACGGUCUUUAAUAACAAGUCACACAGAGUAGGAUAUGUUAUCAUAAUGUAGAUUACCAUCAAAAGGCCUCUUAAUGAACCCUGUUUUAUCUAAAUAACUUAUUCCAGAGGGGCAUGGAUAUCAAACUGUACAUUUGCAGGGAUUCAUUAAUCAGUCCUGUCAUCUGUUUCCCUCCAUGGAGCAGGAUACGAGCUCGGUGAGAACCUGUUCUACUCGUCCACACCUCUUUCAUGGACUGAGGUGAUGGAUGCCUGGCACAGCGAGGCGGAACAUUAUCACUACCCUGACAGCGCUGACUCCACAACCGGUCACUACCUACAGGUAAAACUGAGCUGCUGACCUGCUGACAUGAAUCUGAGUUUUUCUUAUCCACGUAGAAAAUGAGGUUUAGUGAGUUCUUGCAGGUCAGAACCCAUUAUAAGAGUGUUCCUGACUCAAUGCCGUUCAGUCAUUGACUGAAGUGUUUACAUGGAGCAUUUUCUUUCUAUCAUAUCAUGUUAACCUCAAUAUCUAUUUAGUAAUAUAUACGUCUUUUAGGGCUGGGCAAUAAACCGAAAAUUUACCGAUACCGAAAUUAACAUCAAUAACUGAUGUCAUUUUGCCCAUGUCAAUAUAUUUGGUGUCAAAAAAAUAAAUAAAUAAAUAAAAGUUGGUUUUGGAUGUGUGUAGGAAGGCAAUGGUCUCACAUCCCUUUAAGAUGCUGUCCUACUUCAGAAAAAGACAGGUGAGGAGAUGGAGGACGGUUCAAAAGUUGUAGCGGCUGAAGUAAACUAAGUUAAUGUGGGAGGGGGUGAGCAGCUUGUGGAGUAGUUAUCGUCCAUUUAUGGUUAUCGAGGUGAACUGCUCAAUAUUUUGUGAUAUUGAUUUGAGGACAUAUCGCCCAGCCCUAAGGUCUUUGUUAUUGUAGUGAUUUUGUGUUUGAAAUUUCAGUGUUGACUUCUGUAAUCUUGCAUAUUUUUUUCUGUGUGUGUGUUUUGGACUUUUGCUUUGUUCUUAUGCAUGAAUAUAAAGGUGUUAUAUAUGCAUAAUUAUUCAUCAUCAACAGUAGUAGUUGUAGUCGUACUUGUAUGCUGCAUGUAGAUGCAGCUGGUUAGGUUGUAAUUGAAAUCAGUUGCUGGCAUUGAUUGACCAAAAGAUAAUUUAUAAAUAUUUUUCCAGUUCAUUACUUUUGAUACUGGGAAAAACGCAGAGUAUUUGUACUUCUUCAUACGAUUACUCGAUUGGUAUUGUUAUCUAAAUGAAAAAAAUCAAAAUUUCGAGUUAAGUGAAUUAAGUUGAAAUUUCAAGAUUAAAAAAGUCAUAAUAAAGUAAUUACUUACAAGAAUAAGUCCUUAUAUUCUAACCUGUUGUCUAAGAUGACAGUUGUUGAAAUGAGAGCCAUGGAGCAUUUCGUGAAAUAAAUGUACUUCAAUAUUGGUUUUUCAAACAAGGAGAUACUUAACCUAUUGGCACAUCAGCACCACAUUAUCAUAAGUAUCAUUGUGAUUUUAUAACGACUUUAUUCUGGUAAGUUAUGACUUUAUUACAACUUCAUUCCCAUUAGUAAUGACUUUAUUCUUGUUAUUAGUGACUUUAUUCUUGUAAAUUAACGACUUUAAUCUCAAAGUCUUAUUUUUUCUUCCUUAAUGUGGCCCUAAUACUCCGUCAUAAGAUUUAUAUUAAUCCUAUAAAAUGAGAUUUUCGUAUUUAUGAUCAUGAUGCGCUGUGUACAAAAGUUAAAGUUGUCUAAUAAAUUUUAUGAAACUAGAGAGAAAAAGUGCCAUGGCUACAGAAACUCCAGCAAAAGGUGGUCAAAAUUUUAAGAAACAAAGUCCUCAGAUAACAGAAACAAUCACUGCUGGUGUACUGAAGGAGGACGGAUAAUCAACCACCCGUCUGUCUGUCUGUCUGUCUGUCUGUCUGUCUGUGUAAAGGAUUUUAACAGAUUUUCAAAAACAUCUGUAGGUUCUGCAGAGUGCAGGGAUGUUGGCAGCAGCACUUUCACCAUGAAUCCUGAGGCCUGUAUGUGGAACAGAGAGUAAAUUUAACAUAUUUGACCUGAGGGGAUGAGUUACCUGCUCAGGGAGAGUGAGUUCAGGCAGGUAUUCGGGGGCCUGACAGUGUAGAGAUCAGAAUUUUAAACUGGAUCCUAAAAGCGAUCCCUCCAGCAGAAGAAACAACAGAAGAACGUGUGUUUUUAGGAACCGCUGCUUAUUGCAACAGUACUAUCGAUCUAAAAAUACACAAUUACAGUAUCAAAAAUACAAAGGAUGGCGUUUAAAACUAGUCUUAAGAAAUCGUGAUACUAUUCCAACAAUGAACCUGCAUUUUAGAAAUGAAAAAAGACACUAAAUCACUGCUUUUUUGUGCUUAUUGUCAGAUUGUGUGGAACAGCUCCUAUAAAGUCGGCUGUGGUUUUGCAUUGUGCCCUGGGAACAUCCACUUUUAUGGCUGCCAGUAUUUCCGAGCGUAUGUGACAUCCAUAAUGUACACCUUGGGCAUUGUUUAGUGCCGCAGGGAUUAAUGAUUGUUUUAAAAUGCAGAUCAUCAUAAAAAUUGUAUCCUAAUAUUAGAGAAGCACUCUGAGUUAAAUGGAGUAAGUGUCUCCUUUUUUUUUAACAGAGGAAACUUUAAAAACUGGCCGCCUUACAGGAUUGGAACCUGGUGUGGCGACUGUCCAAAUAACUGUGUGGGCGGCCUCUGCAGUAAGUCACUGGUACACUCUGUGGAUUCACCACAAAAAUUAUAAAAAUAUUUACAGUUUCUUUUUAACAACAAGCUUACCUUCUCAUUUUCAUUCAUCUCUCCUUUCAGACAACCCCUGUCCUUACAUUAAUGAGUUCUUAAACUGUCCUAGAUUGGCAGCCCUGGAUGGCUGCAAUGAUAAGUUUGUGGACGAACAUUGUCCUGCUACGUGCAAAUGCCAAAGUGAAAUCAUACCUAUAUAUUAAACAUAUUCAUGACUCCAGCCAAUGGCAAAGUUUCUCUGAAAAUGUUGUUUGGCUUGAAAUAAAGGCUCAUUUUUAAAUAUUAAUUUCUAAUCCUUACUUAAUGGGAAACACCUGAGUUUGGAGGAAUACACCCGUGUGUCGCAGCAGCAUGGAGGGACACGUCUCCUUCUCAGCAUCAGGAAUCAGAGAAAUGAUAGUGGAAACAAGAAAUACACUUAUACUGCAAAUGUUUCCACGCAGGAGAUAAUGCAAAUCAACUAUGUUAAUCUGACAUAUUAUCAUACAAUAAAGACAACAUUAAAAAGCAAGCUGUGCAAGUUGUAAGUCUGUUAUAGCUGAUAAUAACACAAGUUCAAAUCAUUUCUCUCUCUCUUUGUGUCAUUCUGUGCUGAAUUUAACAUGAAUGCAACAGUUCACACAUCUAAUAAGAGUUACUUAAUAUACAGGUGUAAAAAUAAUAAAGUUUUAAUCUAGACAUACAGAGGGUUCAGAGGAAAUGUUAUCUAUUUACUUUCACCUCAUGUAACACUGCAAAAGCUCAUACAGUAUUGUGGUUUGUGGUUGGAUUAUGAUGGUUUUCUUCAAUUUGGUCGAAGUCUCUGUCACUCAGAUGGUGUCAGAGUAAGAAAAACACUAAUUAAACUUUUUAGGCAUUUUAGUGCCAACUGUUAAUAUGCUGAUGAAGUGGUAUCUAUUAAUUCUUGUGUAAUAAUGAAAAUUUCAAAAAUCUUAAACCCAAAAUUUGGAUUAAAAAUCUCCAAAAAUCUCUGAAUAUUGUUGACUUGAUGUCAGCUUGCAUGUGCAAAAAAUGAGUUAAGAUGAGGAAUAUGCUGUCAUAUUGGCAUCAUGACAACAACUCAUAAAGAUGCAUUAUUAUGAUAGAACUUGUAAAGAUGCUAAAGGGUUCGCCUGUUUAGCCUUAAAUACAAUUGGUUGAACUCCUAACUGUCCCCUGACUAAGGUGUUUCAAACCUGAGGACUGGGAUUCUCUCAUAACACUCAGUCUGAUGGGUUUCAAGAAAAGUUAGUAAGUUAGAGUGUGUAUCUUCCUUCAACAGAGAAAUUCUGUUGUUUUUAGUAUACUGGUCUUUGUAUCCAUGGCAUUUAAUCUCAUGUGUAUCCAAAAGUAAACAGAAACAGAAAUAAGUCUUUCACACACUGACUGAAGGGCAACAAAAGCUCAAGAGUUUAACCUACUUCUUUUUUUUUUUUUUUUUUUUAAAUACUCAUGGUUCAAAAAGCUUAUAAAUUUAUAAUUUGAUAGUUAAAUAUGGCGUAAAAAUAAGUUACAGUAGCAGUGUAUGGUCUGGGAAAUGCAAAGAAAAGACGAAGAAAAUCUGAACUGUGAAGUGACCAAAAACCCAAUAACCUCUUCAGACCAGCAGAUGGCUCUGUUAUACAACUCAGAGGACCUGCUGAUGUAUCUCACAGUCUAGUUAAAGGCUGUGAUCUGAACUAGUGGCCUAUGAAUAAACUGCAUUAAAUCAUGUAGAACAGUGCCAUGCCUCAUUACUCUCUCUCUCUCUCUCUCUCUUUCCUGUGCUGAGGGCUACAGUAUCAGGCUAUAUGAACCACAUACCAUAGAGGAGAAUUCUCCCAUAAUUUACGACUAAUGAUACAAAGUUCUUUUGAAACCCCAUGAAUUGAUGGUUUGUGAUGGUUUUGUUUGGUCACAUUGGUAACAGAGUAGGUUAAUUUUAGUAGGAGCCCUCUGUGUUAUUAUAAGAGGCUGUAAUUUAGUAAACGGCAUUACUUCAUCAUUGAGAUCGUAGUUGCUGUGCUUUGUCCUCCCAAAAAGGAAGACAUGACACACAAUGUGAUAGUAUUAAAAAAAAGUUGUGUAAGCCCUUCUGGAUGACCACAGUUGCCUUAAAAUAUAGAACUAUAUUGUUUGUUUUAUGACUUAAAGCUCCUAUAAGGAAUUUUUCAGACAGUUAUGAAAUGGAUUAAACUAACUAUGGUGGCUCUUUAUGACUUACAAAAGCAAACCAGAUCAUCAGAGACAAAAAUUAUGUUUCUUUAUGAUCACUUUAGACGUUUAUAACCUUUGCGAGAGGGAAGUGAUAAUUCACGGCUGAAAACAGCUUUUUUUCUUCUACAGUGAGGUUACAGAGAGGGUAACACAAUCAAAAGACAAAAAAGUGACACUUGAUGUCAGAUUAAAAAAAAAGAAAAAAGGGGCAUGCACAGGACUAAAUUGAGACAUACGACUUUGUCUGCAGGUGGCGCCAGAUAAAAAUUUCCUUGUUGGAGCUUUAAGCUUCCAGUUACAUACAGCACUAAGACAGGAAGAGCAUUUUACCACUUUUAGUAUGAACAGUAUUUGCCGUUAAAGUAUGGUGUUGUCUUUGAUUUUUUUGUUCCAUUUUACUUUUUUUGUAUGUUUCUAGUUAUGUUUAUGUUGUUUAGAUGCACUCCAGCUUUAAAAUGAAUGUUUUUCACCUGUGAACGACUUUCUUCCUGUCUCUUCUUCUUGUUUUUCAGAGUUAUCUUGAUGACUUUUGUGGUGUUGAGUUGUUACAUCUUGUUGUGUGUUUCUAUAAUGUUUUUUCUUUUACUCCUGUGUUAUUUUGCUUUUUAAUGUUUGGUGUUUUGCUCUAACCCUUAACCUGAAAAACACAAGAAGACAGGGGCCGGACUCAAACCUCUUGACUGAGCUAGCCAAACUGACUUUUGCAGGGCUGCCACGCAUGAACACAUAUCAGUUAUUAACCCCGUCUGACCAUGACUUCCUUCAUUAGUGUCAUAAUCCUGCGUAUAUUUAUAACUACAUAUAGAGACACACUAAAACAGCAACAUAAAAGAUCCUCUCUGUAAAAGACGAGAGACUUAAAACAUUUGUCCUGUCACAAGCGAUAGUCGAACCUUUUUUUCCCUCCGCCAACAUGAGGAUGGGGUAUAUGACCUGCACUGCAACAAGUCUCAUGCUGACCAUAUAGGUAUGUAAUCCAUUUUAUAUACAGUCUCUGGUUGUAACUCAGCCUCUGUAGCCGAUUUUGAAACGAGUCCACUUCUGAUAAGGCUAGAUUUCCUAUUGUGGUUGAGGAUUUGGGGGUGGGUGACCAGAUUUAAUGUGGGGGGAUGGCCACCAAUAGUCAACCCCGGCCACACCACUGCAAAAAUGCAAACAAUCCUGAGUGACCAAACAGGAAAAACGAAUUGGUGGUGCAUUCUGAGCAGCUAAAAUUCCUUUGAAAACUUCACAAGAUUCAAACUUGUAAAAUUUAACCCUGGCUCAUGUAAAUUUGAUUUUGAUUGAUUUCAGAUCCACCCUAACGGCCUCGCCUCCAUCUAUUUCACUGUUCAUCUUUUGAGUAGAGUUCUGAGGUCGUCAAAUCAACUUCUAGUGGAGGUGCCCAGGUCAAAACACAAGCGCUCAUUCUAUGCUACUUUGGUUUUAGAUUUUAGCAGAAACCUCCAGUGUUUCCUUAUCUUGAGUUUUAAAAUGACGUUUCCUCAGUGUGCACACUCCUGUUUCCACAUAAUCAAGCCCUUUUUAAGUUUAUGUGUUUUAAUACCGUUUUUGAUGCACUUAGAUCGUGGGGUGGGAAUGAGGGGUUGGGCUAGGGUAGAUUUGGGUAUUCUUUGUUUCUUUUUUUCCCUUUUUCUGUGUAAAGUACUUUGUGCUACAUGGUUGUGCUGGUUAAAGACUGGUUGGUUGAUUGGUUGAUUGAUUUAAAAGGAGUAAAAGGAGUAAAAACCUCUACGAUGGGAAUUAAGACAAAGACUAAGAACUAUCACUAAUAAAAUGACAUAAAAGAAACAUUAAGAACUUUUUGGUUGCAUGGUUCUUGUAUUGUCCAGGUUCCUUAUGACAUGAAAAUGGCCUUCAAUUCAGUUUUAACUGAGCUUUUUGUUUUUAUCUGUCUUUUCCAUGUCCUCUAUGACUACACGUCAAAAACUUCUGUUUUCUAAAAAGUGCUAUAUAAAUAAAGUUAUUAUUAUAAUCAUUAUUAACUUUGAUUAAAAUGAACAUUUGCAAUAAGAGAAAUAUAAAAAGGUGAUCAAUGAAAAGCCUGAUUAAAAAGGUGAGUCUUGAACCUCCUCUUAAAAACAUCAAUAGAAAUAAACAAUCAAUCAAUCAAUCAAUUUUAUUUCUAUAGCAGAUUUAAAAGAACCACGGGGGUAGCCUAAGUGCUGUACAUUAAGACAUAAAAACAAAUAAAACAAGCAAAGAACACGAUAGAGCGAGCAAAAAUACAUAAACGCAAUAAAUAAAUAGAUGUAUAAAUAAGCCUUCAGCCUUGUAUUGGGAACUGUCAGUAACAGCUGAUCAGCUGAUCUUAGGGGUGAGGGUGGGCAAUAAGGCUGGAGCAUCUCAGAAAUAUAAGGUGGAGCACGAUUGUUCAGGCCUUUGAAAACAAAUAUUAAAAGCUUAAAAUUGAUUCUGUACUGUACAGAAUGUACUGUAAAGAACAUUUACAUUUAAAGCAGUGUUUUCAACACACUAGUGUACCAUGACAGAUAGUCAGGAGAAAUUAUCCACGUUCACUUUAUUGGUCUGAGUUUUUUUUUAUUUUUUAUUCCUUAUCUGCAAAUAACAUGCGAUUCUCUCGUGACUGUGCUGUAAUCUACAGCUCCAGGUUUCACACUGGGUGAGUAUGAAUAAAUUGAGAGACUAUAUCGUCAUUGUAUAAACUUUAUUUGGGGCUACCGGGUAUCAUUUAGUAACGUUUUUAGUUGGUGGUGUGCCUUGUGAUUUUUUCAAUGAAAAAAUGUACCAUGGCUCAAAAAAGGUUGAAAAACACCGAUUUAAAGAACUUUUACACAUUAGUUACAACACGAUAUGCAGUAACUAUCCUUCCUGGGGUCCUUAUGUUAUUAUCAGUUUAUUAUUAUCAUUAUUACAUGCAGGUUAAAUCAGAUAUUCAUUGAUAUUCAAAUCAGAUAUUUAUUGAAAUACUUUUUUGAAUUGACAAAGUACAGGACUGUAGUAUUUUUAUAUUGUCUUUUCUGAGUCGUUUUGUUUUGUUGUAUAUGGGACAGUGUAUGGAAAUGUGUAUGUGUGCUGUCUUUGUGCAUGUUUUUAAGUUACUGCAAAUGAAUUUCCUCACGGGGACAAUAAAUUCAACCUACCUACCUUCAACCUACCUACCUAUUCUGUGGGAAAAUGAAGUUUAAAAGAGUCUUUUAACGGGUGAGAAAUAGUACAGUCGGGUUUGACUGACAGCACAGCCUGCACUACCAGCUGCGCGUUCACGCGACAUACACAACUUUGUUCCAUGGAAACGACUUGAGUGAGUGACGGUUAAUCAACGAGCACUCCUGCGCGAGACAACUAACGGCAAAUCUCAGUGUGGGGGUUACGACUAAACCGACAGAUGAGCGGAAGGACCGAUGACUGCUGACUGAGACGAGAGGACUGAGGGUGUUUUUUUUCCUCUUUGUUUGCUGAACCGGGUGGAUAUCAGGACCGGCGCUGAGUGGACUUUGUUUGAGUGGGCUGUGGAAACCAACUUCAGUCAGCUAGCUUCUGAGGGGAAGCUAACGUUAGCCUAACCGCCUAGCAGAGAGCUCGCCUCAGCUCAGCUCGGCACAGACACCAGGCGGUGGUCUGGCUGCUCAGCUGCAGCCACAACUUAAAGGGACGCCCGUCCGUCCGUCCUUCUCAUGGAGAGACACCGGAGCAGCACUGAAGGCAAGUACAGAGAGAUUCAGCGGGUUUUUAUGCAUGAGAGGAUUUUUUUUAUAGACGGUUAAAUUGAACAGGUAACCCCGCAUGCUUUUAUUAUGUUAUUUAACUUAGUGUCUUUCGGGCUGAAGGGGGUUCUAGUGCUGUAAAAUGCAACAUAAUGGGGUUUUUCUUGAAUUGAAACAGUGCAAAUGCAUUUAAACGUUAAACUUAGUGAAAAUGCAACAAAGCCCGCAGGUACAAGGAGGCGUUAUAUCAUGCUGCAUUCACGGCGAUAGCCUUCACUGAUUCUAAGUUAACAUCCGCUCUCUCUGUGUGGAAACGUGAGCACUUCUCGCCUCACAUUCAUGCUCUCUUUGUGCGGCUGUGCAACGCGUAUUACAUGUUACUAGUAAGGUAACUGCAGUAAUUAAUGUCAGAAUGCCUAAUUAUGCUAAUCGCUGUGGUUUCUCUUCACAGAGCACAAUGCACGGAGCGAGCCCCCCUGCCUGUAGGAACCUGACAGAUAUGUGCACCGAGAGAUGAUAUGGCAGAAUUGCGUGUUACAACGAGGCAAUAGGCCAGGCAGGAAAUUGGAGUAAAGCUGAAACAUAAGGCUUUGCAACCCAGCAGCUUGUGUGAGUGUGACCGUGUGUGUGUGAGUGUGUGUGUGUGCUGUAAGUGCCUAUGGCGGAGUUUGGGGAGAACGGCAGCCUGCCUCCAUUGAAUCUUGGGGAAACGGCCGUGCCCAGCGACGAGGCAGCUGGGAAGACGCAUUGCGAAGUGUCGGUCCUGAAUGGAGACUGUGGGAUAUCAGAUAAUAUGGUCGGCUCGGGAUCCCUGGUUGCACCUGGCAGCCAAGUCGGGGUUGAAACUGCCAACACCUCUGUGGGAGUUGACGGCAAAUCUGAGAUACCACGCAGAAGCAGCAUUAUCAAGGUAUGCGCUCAAGUCAGAGUCUCUGUCAGUCCAUUUAUUGUGCUUAGCUAGUCUGCACAUCCACGCUGCACAUGGGGUUUGGGGAGUUACACACAAAACCCUUAUUGGUGUCUUUUUACUAACCACACAUUUCCAUUGAGAAGAUACUUCUCUAGGCUUAUGAUGGGAUCACAGAAAUGCAGCCUGUUCUUAGUUUGGUAACACUUUAACUUGACGCCUCUCUCUAUAACGCAUUAUAAAUAUAUGUAUAAUGCAUUAUAAUCAUGUUAUGUCACUGUAUAACAAUAGUUAUAAACACUCAGAAAUGAUCAUGAUGCUUUAUAGCAGUAAUCAUAACACAUUAUAAAGCAUUUUAUCAUGACUUACAAGGUCAGGUAUUAAAAUGUGUUAUAACUGUUAACAACAGUUGCAUUGCAUUAUCUAUGUGGCCAUUGUCAGUGAGUUGUUAACAGUGAUAACACAUUAUAAUACCUGACCUUGUAAGUCAUGAUAAAAUGCGUUAUGAUGUGUUAUGAUUACUGCUAUAAAGCAUCAUGAUCAUUUAUGAGUGUUCAUAACUAUAGUUAUACAGUGCUAUAAUGUAAUAAUAUAACGUAUUAUAAAUCUAUUAAUAAUGCAUUAUAGAGGUAGGCGUCAAAUAAAGUGUUACCCUUAGUUUUUAUAAAGAAUCAUUGCAAAAAAAAGCCUCUCUUGAAUGUCAGUAUUGAAGUUAAAGCUGUAGAUGUGAGCUUCUUAGAGGGGAUAAGGUGAUACACGUUGCUUCUCUUGGUACAUUCUGUGAAAAAGUUAUCAUAGGCACAACUCUAUUACACUUAAAGAUGAAUAAAUUAUGCUGAUUUCCUUAACAGGGGCAAAACCAUUGUGCGCACAACAGCUUUCUCACAUUCAAAAGCCUAAAGGUAAAUAAAAUGGGAAAGGAAUAAAAGGAUGACCUGCCCGCUGAAAAGCUAGUGUGCCGGCUUUCAUUAAUGUUCGCGUGAUAGCCUGAUGUCAGAUAGCACCGACAAAUCUUUACACUCUAUUUCUGGCCUGGGUCAGCAAAAUAGAGUUGGUGAAUUUAUUGGACCGCAAUGAGGCCACGAGGGCAAAGAAGUUUAGAUGUUUUUGUAUCUGUAAAUCAAUUUAGUACACGCCUGUGGUAUGAGGAGAACUAUAUAAUGAGUCUGUGUGACCACUAACAUGCGAUAUUUCGUGACAGGAAUGAACUUUUUUCAGGCUAAGGUUGAAGUCAACUCUAAAUGUUACUAGUUCAGUAGGACACCUUUGAUUUCUCAGUGCUGUAAAAGAAACAAGUUAUCAUUGUGAAUAAUGCUUUGGCAAAUGAGCUGGUUUGGUAUUCGAGUUUUGUAUUCUGAAGCUCUGCACUUUAGGUUCCUCAUCUCAUGGAUGGGGACGUUGGGAGUAUUGCUCAAAGACUAUCAAAGAUGAUGACACUUCCUUCCGUUGCUCCAGUCUACUGUAUGUUGAAACCUUCAGAGAGUUUGUCUGCAGCUCAAGUCAGCAGCUCUUAUGCAAGUCUCCCUCUUGCUGCUGUAUCUGUCAUGAUGUCAGCCACAAGGAGAGAUUAAACAGGGUGAAUAAAAGCUGCUUGGCAUUACUGAACAAUGCAUUUAUUGUCUGAGACGUUAUCACAUUAUCCUCCUCAUUAAAAGAACUCCACGUCUGCAUCGCUUUUUUUUUUUUUGAUGAUGUUUACAUUUGUGUUUUAGAGGUCACUAAAUUAGUAGUCAGUUUCAUUCUCUCUUGGCCCAGCGAGAUUUAAAAUGCAUGAGCUGGUAUAAGGAGUGUGUGGAGUAGCACUUUUCAAAUGGCAGUGUCUGAUGUGUUUGAGUGCAUUUGGUGGCUUAAACUUUUAUUACCAUGCGCACAAUCCAUCCCAUUAUAAAGUCUAUGAUUUGAUGCUUGAAGCGAGGUGUCUUUGCUCAGGGUACGCUCUCUGGCAGCAGUCAGGGUUCAGCGCUGUAUCUUUCUGCCCGUAGGUGUUAGAGGCAACAAAUUCUUGGCACAUUGUUGUUGGUGAACUUUGAUGUGCCCUCUGCCGGAAGAUUGAUGGGGGUAAUAUUGACAUUUCUCCCUUGUAAAGUUCCAAGUAAUCUCUCACUACACAAGAAACUGUCUCACUUCUCCGGCUAUUAAAGUGCAAUCUAUUUUAGUAUCCAACUCAAGAUGUCCAAUCCUGCAAGUUAUCGGGUCUGGAAGAGGAAGUGGAGGCUGAUUUAAAUUGAAAAAGUCAAUUUCUGACUUAUUUCUGGAAAUAUUUUGGAUUCAAGACAAAAAGUACAUUUAAAGAUGAGGCAGGCUUCUUUAUAUAACAUGUUCCUGUCAAGAUGAACGCCACUGUCAAUUUAGUGAACUGGACCGGAGGUUUCUACAUGAUGGUCCAGCGCCUGCGUAUCCAUGCCAACAAGAAAUCAUUCUGAAAUACUCAAUGACCUGAAUUCAAUUAAGUGCUAUAUCAGACUGCACAAUGAAAAGCUUCAUGACAAAGCAUUAGGAAGAAAUAAAAUACACAACAGGUCAGUCCAAAAUGACUUUGUGGCUUUUGCUAAGCAACAGGGCAUGCACAUCCGGUGAGUCACCGCAGAAAUGUUGACUUCUGAUAAGUCAAAGCCAAGUUAGCGUUGGAAAAACAUGGACUGUUACCAAGAUUUGGUUUAUGCAGGAAAUGGAAGUUGUUAAUCAGGAUAGACUAAAGAAACGUCGGCACUAUAAUCAAAAAUGAAAGCUGCUCAUACCAGAACACUCUUAUUCCCUGAGAAUCGUUUUUAAUUCAUGGUUCAACCUUCUUGAGUAGUUUGGGCAAAGAAAGAAAGGUAUUAUGUCACCAUCCUUUCUCAUCUGGUUCUGCAAAGGCAAACUCCAUUUUCAUAUCUGAAGCAAAUCAAGCAUUCAGCGAGCCGUGACCUUGUCUGCAUGCUCGAAUUUUCUCGAAGGCCUUUGUUUUUGUUUUUGACAGCUAUGAAAGAUCGAAUAUUGCCCUGAUACGGUGGUGGUGCAGGGUUGGACAAGUGUUAACAAGGCAGCCGGUUUCACACUGUCAGUCAGAAGCCUCAGUUCUCGUUAAACUACUUCUCUGAAGUGAUGGGAGGAUGUGGUCAGGACAACACUAACCACAUUCUCAUAGUAACAGCUGUAAUACUUAGUGCUUAACAACGACCUUCUCUAAAGGUUUCUCUCUGAACGUAUUUGGCGGUGUGGGUGUGUAUGCAUGCACGCACACAUGCUUAUGUGGCACAUCUAAACCGUUAGGUUGGGACCUCUCUUUCUAUAAAUGCAAGUGUAGAGUAUCAAAGCUUGCAGACCUCAAUUGACAUUAAAACCCGUUGCAGAUCUUUCAAUUGGUUGUUUCCUGAAUUUUAAACUGAAAAAAAGUACUCCUCUCAUAAUCGGCACUCAUCUUCCCACUCAUCUCUCCAAAGAUGGCUAGUUUUCAAAUACCAAUAUAUCCACGUAAGCUGCUGCAAACCCUCUCCAUCUAUUUGUAUGCUCAGAGCAUUUCAGAGUUCUGUUUUUAAAACAGAAAUUGCCAAAUCUGCUGCCUCACAAUCACCCAAUAUGAAACUCAGAUGCUGUUUUUCUUUGGCAAAGAUUUUGUGGACGUGCCUGACAUUAGUAAACAGUAUAAUGCUACAGCAGUGCUAACAGAAUUAUUCAUGGAUGUUUUCUUUCGUUGGAAACCAUCAUUGACCACAACCUUUGACCUCUGAUGAAAGAGGAAACUACCAAACUCUAACAGAUGUUUUUUCAAGCUUUUACGGGAUAAAAGAAAACAGAGAUGUUUGUUUGUAAGCUUUUAAGCUAACAUCCUUUUAUCAGAUAAAAAUGGUAAAAUGCUAGAGUGGACUCGUGUGAGGUUUAGACCGGCUGUAUUGUGGUAUCUAUAUUUGACUCGACCUCAUGAGCUAUGAAAGUCUGUCAAAGUACAGUAUCACUUUCAUUACAUUUGCACAUCACUGUUAUUGUUUGGACCAAUCAGGAGUGAGUGUUUAACUCUGCUGGGCGACCAGUGAGAACUCCAGGAAUUACAAUUUGGACGACAACUUUUCAUAGACAUUAAACAAGGUUGUUAAACAGUGUGGAUUAGAAAGUGACAAUGUGUUUUCAAAGCACUGGUGCAUAACUCGACUAAUGGCCGCGGUGUUUACAAAUCCAUUUGGAACUCUGUCCUCACGAGUAAAUUAUAGCCAUGUUGCAUGUGGGUGGCCAGUGGCAGCAGAAAUAAUGAGCCUGUGGCCACAUUGUUUUCCCACCUUACAUCUCACCUCAGGUCCUCUUAAAGAAAGACAGUCUUUUCCCGUGCUUUGUUAAAAACACUAAUUUCACAGUUUUGGUUCGAGGAGAAAACAACCUCAGUGUGUCAACCUGCUGAAAGGGAAAACAAUAUGGUAUUAGUUCUGGUAGAGCAGAAGGACUGCGAGACUGUGACAGCUUUUUACACGAGAAUCUUCAUUUUCUCUUACAACAUUUAGUCCGGCUCAGUGGAAAUUCAUUCAAAGUUACGCAGGUCAGCUUAAGUGCCUUUUAUAGGUUACCAUUUCUGAAAAAACAACACAUCUAAUCUGAACCAUGGCAGCAAGAAAAACGCAAAUCACUGGUUGCUCCUGAUGUCCUUUUGAAUUCAUGUAUUCACCGGAUUACAGAGGCAAGCAGAGAGGAUGGACUGAAAUUCAUUACCGUGUGUUUUUGAAGGUGUGUGUUGUAUUGUGUCGGCAGUUUUGAUGUGAAGUCUUAGAAAUAUCAUCAACCUUCCCUCCGCACAUGCCUGCUGUUCCUUUUCAACUCUUUCUUUGUGUGCCGAGGAGUCUUUCAUCUCUUUGUUGCAAAGUUUCUGCCACACUCGGCUGCAAGUUUGACAGAAAUGGUUUUAAAGAAACUUUCCUUCAGCUCUUACACUUCGCAGCACUACGUCUUAGAUGUACUCUGAUCGCUGUAAAUGGUAUAAAUAUAUACUGUAUGUAUAUUUAAGUGUUUUUAGAGUGCUUUAGCCGUUGAAAUGCUUAAAUGGAUGUCUACUGUAUAUCAGGUACUUUGUAAUAUUAAUGAUAAUGCAGCCAUCAGUUCUCACUAUGAUUUUAAAUAACUCCAAAACCCUGACGUGCUGAAUGUCUACUGUUGAAAAGACUUGAGCACAGUGGUCCAUUCGAGCACCUUCACUUGAAUUGGUAAACGCACUCAUUACCUAUCCUCUUUGUACGACCAUCUGAGGAUUAAAGCAGGGGAAAUGAAUCAGGGGAGUGAAGUGUGAAGCAGAAUCUCUUCUGAACUGAUUGUUGAAGAGGCCUUGAGCAAGAAAACCGAACUCUAACUCAUUCACAUCGAGCAUCUGUGUUUCUACAAAGUCCUCAGAGUGAAAAAAAAGAACUGUACGGCGCACUGUUUUUACUCCAGUUUGGGUUGCACGGAGUUAUCACUGCGCUGGUGCAAAUGCUGUUGAUAGUGUCUAGCGUUGCAUAUUUAAUUAUUCAUACUGUCACUCCAGAAGGUGCGACUAAAGCAGCUCAUCUGACUUCUCUGCCAUUAUUCAGGCCAAAGCUGCUCUCCACUGUUUCUUUAAACCCACAUGUAUCUCUUUUGUCUCCUGAGAGGCAUUUCCUGGAUGUCUGAGCUGUGCAGCUCGCAUGAUUUAGUGUAAUCCAGUUACCCGAACCAGCGCCCCCGGCUGUUGAAGGGGUAAUUAAUUACGGAUCUUUUGACGUCUAUUCUUGAUGUAGGGUCUUUUCGCCAUCUCACUUUCACUUAUCAUGCCUUCACGUGUCCGAGGCGCUCAUUCAUCUCAGGUGUCUCUGAUUUGCACAAGUGGCGCUCGCCUCGCCCUGUUAUUUCAAGGGUAACUCAAAUGGCUUGGCAGCAAUAACAGUUCUGCCACAUUAGUGGGAGUAGUGUUUCUACGCUUGAAGGAUGGCUCGGAUUAAUAUUUCAUCACAACAAGCAUUGAAGCGAAGGAACGAGAAUACAUAUUUUAACAUUUAGUUUUAACAUCUGCAAUUUCAUUUCUACACUGUUCUCAUGUAAAGGCAAUACUCCCAAUCAAGGCUGUGAGUCUGUCACAGUGUGUGUUUAUUAGGAGUACAGCUCUUGUAAGAAAUUAACUCAUAUCUUGUGAUAUUGGAUCAAGAGAACUAAGUACUCGCUCUUGGCUCUGAGUGCUGACCUUGGCAUUUCUUAGUUUGACUUCGAUUAGAUGCUAUUGAACAUAAUUUGGACUUGAUAUUUUCUUCAAUAGUUGUUCGAAGACUGCUGAUCAGAAAAUUGUGAUUAACAGUGCUUAAUUACUUUUCCUCAACCUAAUAAUUCAACGAUUACUUCCAGAUAAAUAAUAAAGCAGUCAUUAGUUACAGCCCAAGAAGGUAAAGUUUAGCCGAUUUCACUGGUCCCUAAAUCAAUAUAGUUUGCUUCAUUACAGAUUAAAGCACUAAUUGGUAACCUGCGUGAAUUAAUAUCUGAUUUAACUGUAAUCUAAGAAGCAUUAGAGCUUUCAGCUCAUAUGAGAAAAGUUAAGGUGAGGUUUAUGGGACCAAAACUAAACAGGCUGGAAAGUUUUUAAAGUUUUUAGGCUCUCCACCUGCUGGAUGAAAAAAGAAAAACUGUUCUAAAUAAAAAAACCCUCACCAUAAAACUUUACUGCUGCUUCUAGCAAAUUUAAUUUAGUUUAAAGGUAAGAAAUACUCGGAGAAACAGUCAAAAUUGUUUGACUCAACUGGCUGAACAGGAGAUCGCAGAGUAAACAAGUCUAAAUUGGUUUUUCAAAGUGCGGCUAACAUUAGUAAAACUAGCAUCACUAGCCUUCAGACCUCCUGGUUAUUUCGUACUCUGGCGAGCUAGUUUAACCCGACACAGCCUGCAUACAGCUUCAUCUCCAUUUUCUAGAUCAGAUACUGCUAUACUGUGAUGCACUGACAGCUCCAGCUUUGACACAUACAUGAGAGCAGCAUCAGGUGCGCACAAUAAAACAGUGUUUAUAAUUUACUUAACCGGCUAGUAAUUCUUUUAUUGACAUAAAUUGUUUAUUCAACUAAGCAAGCACAUCCUCACUCUGCCCAUGUAAAUAUUUUGAAGUGCCUGAAUGUGACUGUUCAAGUCACCCUACCCACUCUAGAGUUCCACGCUUAUUAGAGCUUCAACUUGAGCAGCUUCUCGGGGUAACGGUUUCCUGUACACUCUAAAUAUUUGAAAACUUGUCCCAACUAUUCAUGUAACUGUCAACCAUGAGAAAAUAUUGCUGUUUAUAUCCUCUCUAAAACUGUUUACUUUAGUCUCUACUGGUUGUAAUUUAAUCCUGAAACUUGUCUUGUUGACUUUACAGACUCGAAAGCUUUGUUCGAUGAAAUCACAAACUGAACUGCCAAGGUCUGGUUUACAUAACACUGUCAUUUUGUGGGAAUUUUGAUCCAGAGAGUGGGCCAUACAAUCAUGACUGACAUGUUGACACACUUUUAUUAGCUCGUGUUUAUAUACUCGGGUUAUUGCCGUGUUGAUGUCCCAGAGGAAACAGUCUGAUGAGUGAAAUUAAAUUGACCAGUCGGUUGUUAUUCCAAGUGCCUCAACAUUGUCUUCCAUUGCUGCUCAACAUUAAAAGGCUCCGAGGAUGAAUCAGCUGAGCUGUUUUGCAAUAAUAACAAUGUUGGCAGCGGAAAGUCUUAUGAAAUUGGCAGCUGAUAUCUUCAUUGUACUUACAGAGCAAGGCAGAGUGUUUGAAGCCUGACAGUGCUCUGAAACUGUCUCAUCACAGAGGCCUUAUCAGAUGCUGAGCUGAGCUGAUGCCGCUCACUCUGUCUUCACUUAAGUCUGAACUGUGACAUGACAGUUUUGCUUGAUCAUUCUCUGAUUGAGGUCUGAUCAGAAUGGGAAUAACAUCAUUUUUAGCUUUUGCAGAGUUGACCCGACUCGAAUGAUGUGCAGGGCCUUUGAAGUUUGACCUGAUUUAACGAUUCAGCGGUGCUUCAAAACUUCUACAUCCCUCUUCCCAUCAAUAAAUGGAUUAGCGGGCCUUAGUGAUGUUUGUUUAGGCUUAAUUUAAUGGAGAUCUAGAUCCUCAGUUUGAAUGUGCUCUUAUCGUUAGACAGCGUACAAUGUAAGUGUGCUACAAUUUAUCUAAAACACAAGAAGUGGUGGUAUCAGGCUAAAAUAUGUAUCUCACACAUUUAUAUACUUCCUUAUUUUACUUUUGGACAAGUCACAGACAGAUAUGAGGCAAAUGCUCCUUCUAUUGCCAAUCUGUAAAAUUCAGUUAGGAAGUUAGGAAGCGUUUCGCUCUGUCUUUGCCUCCACUAUCUUUGAGUAGCACAGCAUUAGUGUAAUCUGACACCGAGAGAAACAGGCUCGGCUGCCCUGUGAAGUGACACUGUUUACGCUGCUUUUCUAAAAAAAACUGGAAAGUCAAAGGAAAACUUUUUAAUUUAGUAAGCAGUUUAAAGCUCCUGAGAAGAAGUUUUGGUGUGGAGCUGUGGUGCCCCCUGUGGACAAAAUAAUAUUCUUAGAGUCUCUUCUGGGGAAAAAAAAAUUUCUUAUCCACCUGACUUUUGACAACCAAACAUAUCAUUUACUGUGAAUGUACAAUGUGAAACUGUAAAAACAGGGCUGUUCCUAAAAUCGUCAAUCUUGUUGCUGUUGGUUUUAUUUGCUUUUGUCUCAAAAUAAGACAUGACUAUGAAAUUCGGUUUAUUUUAUAAAUGUCAAAAACUCCUCACAGGAGAUUUAAAAUGCAUUAGAUUGACUGGAUGUGGUAGAAAUACUGAGGGAGCACUUGGUCUGUGCAUUAUGAAACAUCAACAUUGAUUGGUGAAUGAGUAUAGAACAGUAAUGGACGACAGAAGAAUGUGCGGAUAGUAAGAUCUGUCUGUAAUUGCUGAUCAUGGACAUGUUUUGAUCCGUCAUGAUCUGAUACCGUCCUGUUGCACUUCCUUAACUCAGGCCAGCUUCAUCAGAAUUGAUGACUAAGAGUUUUACCUGUAUGACUUUGCUGCUUAUCUGGAGUUUUUGUUUUGAUAGAGUGAGAACUGCCUAAACACGGUAGUUUCACACUAACAAACUUCAGUAUUUGGAUUGUUUUUGAUGACAGGAUUCAGAAGAGGAAUUAGAAAAGGUCUAAAAUCCAGGUUGAACCACCUAAAUCUUACCCCUUCUUAUCAUUAAAGCUAAAAGUACAGCAAUUUGGCAGACUUGUUCAGAAACAUCAAUAAUAUGAGAUUUGACACAAAAUACUACCUUACCUCUGAGAUCAGAUCUGCAGAUAUAAACAUACUAUCAGGACAAAAUUCAAUGACAAGAAAAGAGAGAGAUAGAUUUCACUGUGAGGACACUUUAACUCUUUUACUGUCUUAUCCUGAAGAAACGAACAUGUCCUUUUUUUGGUAAAUGGAAAUUAAGUGUGACAGCACACACUGUAUUUAUCUCUAAUAUCACACUGACUCUGUAUCCUCAGUGCUGGAGGGUGGCCAACCACCCUAAGAUGGUGAUGUGGAAGAUGAUCCGUUAUAAAGGUGGUUGAAUAAUUUGCAGGCAGAGAUGUUUGUCGUCCUUCAGACUCAGCAUUAUAAGCCGUCUCAGACAUCUUUUCAAGGUGGUGUUUGUUGUGUUGGGUUACAUGGCUAUGGUUGAAUGUAGCCUGAAGACAAACUAUUGGAAUACAAGAGUUGGGAGAGAAUGUCUUACUUAUCUGUUUGUUGCUUUAACCUGCAGGCAGGAGAUUAUCGAUGGUUUUCAAAGACACCAGUGACAUCCCAGCAUCCUCAUUUUGCUACUGAAAGUACAGUACAGUGUAAUAUUUUGUCUUUUUUCUUCUUUAUCAAAAGUUAAAAUCAGGUAAGAAAGAAGUACAAACUUAGUGAAGUUAAGAAACAACCAGUUAUUUCUCUGUAAGAUGAACCUUCCUUCCCUCAACUAAUGUAUAAAAUUUGGCUUUAUGGUGUAAAGAAACCUCAGCCAAGCAAACACUGCACUCAGUAACUUAAUAAAGCCCCAACACUGAGCAGAGGCACUUAUUAGCAUUAGUGAAUGAACAAAUGAAUUUGUUGUGGUAACUGUGGUUAAUGGCUCAGUCGAUAUUUGAGCGCGUUAGACUCUCUCCAUCCCAUCGCCUCAAACCAAAGCACUGAGAAGUGAUGAUGUAAAUUUUGGAUCAGCUCCACUGGGAACAUUUUGGAGGAAAAGGUGGUGAAUAAUUAUCCGAGGACACCUCAGGCCAUUUUCUGGAGAAGGAAACGGCCACAAGAAUUAUGAAUUUAUUUAAAAAAUUCAGAGGAAAGGUUUUAUGGUUUCUGUAAAUCUUUUUAGGUUUUGUGAAAGUAUAUCUGGACUUUUUCCAAACCAACACAUUUGAAUAAUUGGAAGUCUUUCCAAACUGCUCACGGCAAUGUUGUUGCACUGUCUGACCACUUUUGCAUACUCGCCCACCACUGUUAGGCAAUAGAUGGUUUGGUACAACAGUUCAUCCCCAAAAGGCGGCUUUCUGGUCUGACAUGUUUGAUUUAUGAGGAAGAUGCUUGUAAACACAUGCAACACAUACAUAUAAUAAAGACAGAGAAAAAGAAAAUAGAGAAGGGUGGAUCUUGAUCUGAAAAGCUCAUGGGGAACUAAAGUUAGCGAUAACUUUCUGUCAAAACCAGAACGUUCCAUAAAUAGAUGUUUAACUGUCACCCAGAUCUCUUGAGGAAAUGCUAGACCUUUAAAAGUUGACUCCCAGAGUAGUAAACCUCUUCACACUUGAUUUGACUGAUGACUCAUAUCAUGUGGUACAGAGAAGACACAGCUGCGCUUUUAACAAAUUUAACUCUGGUGGGAUUUCACAUCAGAGCAGCUGGAGAAGCAAAAGUCUGCACAGUUAGUCUAACAAGCCAUGUCCUGAAAUAACACAAUAACGGCUUUUAAAUAUUCAGUCAUCUAUUCCUGACACGGUGUGGUGUUAACACCCCCGCUGAAUGUAAGAUCUUAUAGUUUGGUCUCGAUUACGGUAACUUUGGUUUUAAGUGUGGUUACAUACAUGUUCCUCUAUAAGCAUUAAUAGCUCUAUCACUUUGAAACGGAUCUUUAUGGUUGUGUAAAUGACUGCUGUUACCAUGGCUGCAGAGUUUCUAUAUGUUUUCAUAACAGAUCAUGACUUUCUUCUUUUUUUAUCUGACAACAUGCUCUUCAAAACUUCCUUUAUUUCCUCUAUUCGACUUUACCGUCAGCAGGAGGGUUUCCUUGUGACUCAUUUUUUUCUAUCAAAGCUCUUUGUGUCACACUUACACCAGGUCCAAAAGAGUAGAUUUGUUUUCAUCUCUGCCUGAUGAAUUCACUCAGGUGGGGCCAACCUACUUGUGUUAUUUGUUGAUACAACUUGGGGAAAGAUAAUGAGUGCUUAGUGUGAUGUAACAGAGCUACUCUUUAAUUAAUAUGCAGCAGAGGCAGUCAUCAUGGAAAAUUGAAACUGUGAGGAGAAUCAGGGAAUUUUAAUUUUACACACUAAAUGAGACUCUUACACACUGCAACUCUGUUUUCUAAUCACCUUAAGGUGUAGCAGGAGCACCGGAGGCAUGGCUCAGGGGGGGCGCCACAUACACACACUUACUCAGACCAGGACUCCACUUUGAGACUUGGACUUAGACAUGAGAUAUGGGAGGACCCUUUUAUUUUGUAUAACUUGAUAAUAUGGCAAUACCACAGAAUUGGUACUAUUUCCUCUUUUGCACUAUCAGCCACCCUACAGAUGACACUAUUGUGAACAAAUCCCCUGCAGCUGCAAUAGCACAGUGUUUCCCGUACAUAGACAACACCCGGGCAGGCCACUCAAGUAAACACGCACCAGUUUUCAACAUCAUCUACAAGCCGUAUCCGCCCAACAGUCACUUUUUUUUUUAAUAUCCGAUCAUCAAAUGGCCAAAUUCAAAAUGUAUGCUGUCUUAUCUAGGGGUGUAGAAUGUGCCGGUCCUGCUCAUGACUAGUAUCAAAACAUCAGACAUACACGCGCACAAAUAAACUGUUGCAAGCUAGUAGGACACUCUCUCUUUAAGGAAGAGGUGCAGGUGAUCAUCACCAUCUCAGACACACAGAGUGCUGUUCCGCCCUGCCAGCUCUGACACCUCAUAUCGCCGCAGUUCCUCCACCAAUACGCCCCUCUGAGGGAGGAUUACAGGCUGAACAACUUUGCCCCAGCAGACGAGGAGUACCAGGGGUGUAAAUGUCCAGCUGAAAUGGCUCUAUGUAGGUGCCAGCAGUCUCAUCCAUAGACAAUGUUGGAUUUAGGCAACAUAUUCCUAAAGAAAGGGUAUUUCUGUUUGCAGCGAGUCAUUUGAUUUGGUGAAAGUUGGAUAUUACAAGUUUUGUGAAAAAGUUUUUUUAAAGCAUAACUCUCUAAAACUCUCUUAGGAUAGCUGGUGAUUCUUAAGUCUUUUUAUUAUUCAGUCUUGGGUUGCACUUCCAAUCUUAAAAAGGGCAGGUACACAGUUAGAUUUGUGGGAUAUUUAUGAGCUUCUUAAGUAACCAUGCUGCUGUCUUUGUUGCCUGAUAGGCAGUGGUGAGGACCUUAAUGUGGUCCUAAAACUCAACCAGCAAGAGCUAGAGACCAUCCUGCACAAGUAUUAAUGACGUAUACGGAGAGGUCAAUGACCUUUUUCCUCUGUGUGUAUGUAGAUAUUAUAUCCUGAAUAUGAUCAAAACCAGGAUAAUGCUCAUAAUUGGGAUACUCCAGGCCAUGAAUACACACUCAGGAUGCUCAAACUGAAUCAGCUGUUUAUCAGAAUUGAUUUUGAAUUUGAGCCUCAGAAGAUGAUGAGUUCAUAGACAUCAGGUGUGCCUCUAACUGCACAGGGCCACAUUUUUAAAACACUGUCUGCUAACAGACAUAUGUUAUCUGAGGAAAUGAAGCUCAUUAGAUGGACAAAUGUCAUCUUGAGCUGACGCCAGUGUUGGUCCAGAGCUGAACUUUGAUUUGUACUGCAGCAACAUCCAGGUGAUUCAGUAUGUUUAGGUGGAACAGUGGAGCAGAGAGCGGUGGGUCCCCUGUUCUGUCCUCUGCUGUUGUACACACAGUUCAUAACUGCUCACUGAGCCAGAAAGAAAUGCAGGAUUCAGAGCGUUAGGGGAUUGGGAUUCCUAUGGGAUCUGUGAGCGGUUGAAUGUACAGUCUUCUACACCGGCUUUCUCGUUGUCUCGUCUUCUGUUUGCCUCCAUCUGACUCACUCUCUGUGUCUCACUCACUCAGUCAACACACACUCUCAGAAACCAAACACAUAUUGAAACUGUAUGUAAAGGCAAAAAAAGUAAUUUCCCCUGUUGGAGUGAGCCUAAUGGGAUUAGGCUUGUUAUUAUUCCUUUACUGUGAAAUACGAUGAAAACAUCCAAUAUCCUGUUUAUUUUCUGGAUUUCUCUUGUUUUUAUUUCUUUGGAAGGGGGUGUGUUUUUCUCUGAAGAGGACUAAGAGGGAAAAUGAAAGUCAGUAAAAGAUAAUAAGCAUCCUUUUGCAACGUUUUUAGAGAUUUUGAAAGAGCCAUGUGUUGUUGGUUUUGGUCUCUUGCCUCGUCUUCGCUGACAGUUGUGAUUAAUUCAAAAUGGUGGACGAACAUCAAGUAUGUGAAACUGGUUAAAGUUGUUGGUCAAUACCGGUGACUCAGCGUGCACUGUACUUUCCAUCUUAACAUCUAUGAAAACACCCUGCCCCAAACAAUAUUAAUAGACUCUCUGUCAAAUGAGUGACUCAGAGACCACAAGAUAGAAAUAAGAAAAAUAAGUUAAAAACAGAAGGUUUCGUUUUUAGACGGAGACUGUGUUAUUGAUAUUUCUCGAACAUUUCAGGUGUUUCCUUUUUAGAGCUUGUUCUGGUUCCACGUUUCAGCAGGGCCGAACAAAAAAAGGAGAAAUUCAAUCAUAGUUCACUUUGAGGACAGAGCGAUUAUCAAAGAUGAUAGGUAAUAUUUAUGUUUGGAAGAAUAUCUGAUCAAACUAUAAAAAGGCAAUCUGAUGGUGGUCUUCCUCAGCACCAUUUAAGGACCAUUACAGCUAUUCUUAUUGCAAAGGCAACACCCUGAGCCCUCUGACUUCCAUCAAAGGCAGAAAGGGAACUGUUGCAUAAGAAACGGUCUCCUCAGGAAACAAUAACAAUGUUAAGACAGAGAUGGGCGUGAGCCGUAUUGUUUUCUACUUUUGCUGAGGGGCGCAGGAGGAAAUCCUGCAGAAUGCCCGGCAUGGCGGCACGGGCUUUUCGGCAGGACGCACACUAAGAUGUGUCUGCGACUCAAGGUUAACAUGAAGUCAACAUUCCUGCUCAGAUCAUAAGGAUUAUCUGCACUCAUGCGUUAUGGUCGUAAGCUCCCAUUUUAUAUAACUGGGUGAAAGAACAUGAUUAGGAUGUUUAUAUUUUAAAUACUUGGUUAAUGUGCCAGCUUUAGAGUUUUGCAAGUAGAAGAGGUUUCUAAUAAUAAAUUAUAUCAAAAAUAUAUUUCGUCUCCUGUUAUUACACGCUUCUGUGGAUCUGUUUAUUAUUCCACCUGAUUGUGUUUGAGUUGUGAUCCUUACCGGGCACAUUGUUUAAACCUCCCUGGCUUCUGUCCUCUGUAUCUUUCAUGGUAGAUGACAUGAAAUAAUAAAACCAAAUGGAUGUCUUUAGUAAGUAAACAAACAAACAGUCGAACUGAGACUCUUGCUCUCCGCGGCAGGGUGCUGUGUGAGUCAGAAUUCAUUUCCUGCUCCAUCUCGUCCAAUUGUAAACUGGCACGUAUACAUGAUGUAGCUUCUCUAAUCCCUGUGCGUCUCUAACAGAAAGCGUGGAGGAGACGUGGUUGUGCGCUGAGAUCGUUUGGAAAACACUAACAGAACAGACACUUUACAAAAGAGCGAAUUUAUGACGAGACUGUUCCAGAAAAUUCCCAAAAAAGGUGAUUCUCUGAAAACCGCGGCACACGUUGUCCACAUUGUCAAAUUAGUAAAUGUCUGCAGAACGGGCCAAGUAAAGGAGGAAGAUGUUAAAGUAAGAUGGAGGGUGUGCAGAAGAUCCUGAGCAUAAAUAGAGGCUUUGAUCCAGACUGGUGUAAGUCAUGCACACCAAUCCUUUUACUGCACAAAGUUGUUGCUUUUCCGGCCUUUGCCUGUCACAGUGGGUUUAUUAAGAGUAGUGGUUCUUUGAAUAUGUGGGCUGUGCACAUCUCUGUCUGACUAUGCAAGAAGCUGUGAAGACGAUUUUGAGAUCUUUAUUAAACCCCACAGGAAAAUCAGGAUCAAGGGUUUGUACUGGAAUGCAGCCCGAAGAAUUCUGAACCUGGCAGCAUCGCAUACUUGACAAAAUGAUUCAUUUUUUUGUACAGAGUGGUACUAUUAAGCUGCCACAUGAUGACUAACAAGGCAUUGGGUUUGGCUGGCGUUAAAUUUGUGAAAUAAGUCUGUAUAAUCCAAAAUAUAAAAUGAUGCUCCCGCUGCUUUAAAGGAAGUCUCUGCAGCAGAAAAGCAGGGUUCAUUGUAAAUGUCAGGAAUGUGUGGCUGCUGUAGAUGUCUGGAGUUGUGUGGGCGAUACUCUCCUGGGGGAGAUUUCCUCUUGUAUGUCCUGAUAUACAGUGACAGGUACCUUAAGUCACCCAAGAGAGAUGCUGCUGCGAUUCUGCUGAGCAAAUGUUUGGAGGCAAGAAAGAGGAGCCGGCGUGGAAGGGCAGGGCCUGACAUGCAAACAUCCGAGCAGACAGCAUGUUGUCUUCAGUUGUAUUGUCUGUCGAGACGAUGUUCAGCUAUAUUAAGUUUUGAUAUUUAAUACUGAAUCUGUGCAUUAAAGAUACCAUCAUCCUUAAAUUAUUUACUGAAAGCCGUUUUGUUUAGGAGGCAAGAGAGGGAAUGCCUAGAUUAUAUUCUCUAUUUAAACUGCACGAAGAACGCCAUUAUAUCAUACAUAUAACAAUUUAAUAAACAUAGUUGUAAUAAUAGUAAUAAUCAUACUAAUACGUUUCAUUUAUAGGCCCAUUUUAAAGCACUUAAAGUCGCCUCAAAAGAGAAAGCUAAAAUAAGAUAAAAACAAUGAAUGAAGCAGUGUAGAUUGACUCAAAGAAACAAAACUACUCCUAAACCACACACUGGUAGGAAGUAAUGUUAUAUAUAUAUAUAUAUAUAUAUAUAUAUAUAUAUAUUUUUUUUUUUUUUCUCUCAUUCAAAGUUUCAUUCCUUGUGGAAGAAGUUUUAGGCUUUUUUCAAUUGAUUAUAGAAUUUUUUGAACAAUCAAAAGUACACUUUUAAAAGUUAAAGUCCUGCACACACUGAUCAGCUUUUAACAAUACAUGGAGUUAAAGUUUAAAACAAAUCGUUCACAUUGAAAUUUUCUGGGUUAAGAACAUGUUGAUGACUACCAUUAUUAUAACCUCUGUGCAACCUUCUAACCAUAUUUUCUUUCCUUGUCAUAACAUAAUUGUUUUAGCUGUGAAAUGCACACACAAACUAAACUAUUUUUUUCAUCUUUUCUCUUUCUAAAGCUUAAAAUUGCAAACUUGUGGAUAGAAAACAUACAGCAGGAGAGAUAUUUUGUAUCACUCCAUAAAUGGAAAAUAAAAUUACAGGGCUUGAGUUUUUUUUAGCCCAUUCAUCACUGUGGUUGUUAUACUUCAUAAAUGUCAUGGCUUUAUUUAUCAUUCACUUCCUGCAACAGGAUUCUUAAUAAAGCACUUUGUUUGUUUUGUUUUUUACAGGAUGGCUCCAGACAACGUAAAGAAAGAAAGAAGACAGUAUCCUUCAGCAGCAUGCCCACUGAGAAGAAAAUCAGCAGUGCAAGCGACUGCAUCAGUGCGAUGGUAGAUGGCUCUGAGCUGAAGAAAGUGCGAUCCAAUUCACGGGUUUACCACCGCUACUUUCUCCUGGAUGCUGACAUGCAGUCUUUGAGAUGGGAGCCCUCAAAAAAGGAAUCAGAAAAGGCCAAAAUUGAUGUAAAAUCCAUCAAGGAGGUUCGCACAGGGAAAAAUACAGACACUUUCAGAACUAAUGGGUCCUACGAUCAGAUCUCAGAGGACUGUGCUUUCUCUAUAAUCUUUGGGGAGAACUAUGAAUCACUGGACCUGGUGGCAAACACUGCAGAUGUAGCAAACAUCUGGGUAACAGGGCUGAGGUACCUGAUCUCCUAUGGGAAACAUACAUUAAACAUGAUAGAGAGUAGUCAGAACAACAUGCGCUCAUCUUGGCUUGGUGAGCUUUUUGAUGAGGCCGACAGUAACAGCAGCAAGCAAAUAUCGAUAUGUGCUGCUGUGCAGCUGAUCAAGAAGUUGAACCCGGGACUCAAAAAUGUGAAAAUAGAACUGAAGUUCAAAGAGCUUCACAAAGCUAAGGACAAAGUAGGCUCUGAUGUGACAAGAGAGGAGUUCAUCGAGGUUUUUCAUGAUCUUUGUACCAGACCAGAGAUUUAUUUCCUCUUUGUUCAAUUUUCCAGUAACAAAGAGUUUCUGGAUACCAAGGACUUGAUGAUAUUCCUGGAGGCAGAGCAGGGUAUGGCCCAAGUCAGUGAAGACACCAGCUUAGAGGUCAUUCAGAAUUACGAACCAUCCAAAGAGGGCCAGCUCAAGGGUUGGCUUUCUCUUGAUGGAUUCACCAACUACUUGAUGUCUCCAGAGUGCCACAUAUUUGACCCUGAACACAAAGCAGUGUGCCAAGACAUGAACCAGCCCCUUUCCCACUAUUACAUCAAUUCAUCUCACAACACUUACCUGAUAGAAGACCAGUUCAGAGGUCCCUCUGAUGUGACAGGGUAUAUCCGGGCCCUUAAGAUGGGAUGCCGGAGCGUAGAGCUGGAUGUGUGGGAUGGGCCUGAUAACGAACCCGUCAUUUACACCGGUCACACAAUGACGUCCCAGAUAGUUUUUCGCGGUGUCAUUGACGUCAUUAACAAGUAUGCCUUUGUUGCAUCUGAGUUCCCCCUUAUUUUGUGCUUAGAGAACCACUGUUCCUUGAAGCAGCAGAAAGUCAUGUUCCAGCACCUUAAAAAGAUCCUCGGAGACAAGAUCCACCUAGAUCCUCCAAAGCCGGAGGACAGUUAUCUCCCGACUCCUUUAGAGCUGAAGGGAAAGAUACUGCUGAAGGGUAAGAAACUGAGUACAAACUGCACUGCUUCAGAGGGUGAGGUGACGGAUGAGGACGAGGGGGCAGAGAUGUCUCAAAGGAUGAGCAUUGAGUCUGCAGAACAACAGACUAUCAUACCCAAAAAGUUCCAGCUGUCAAAGGACCUCUCUGAUCUGGUGACCUUAUGUAAGUCUGUGGAGUUUAAAGACUUCCCGACGUCUUUCCAGAGCCAGAAGCAAUGGGAACUCUGCUCUUUCAAUGAGGUCUUUGCAAGUCGCUGCGCCAGCGACUUCCCGGGUGACUUUGUAAACUACAACAAGAAAUUCCUCGCGCGAGUUUACCCCAGCCCCAUGCGGAUUGACUCCAGCAACAUGAAUCCACAGGAUUUCUGGAAGUGCGGCUGCCAGAUUGUGGCGAUGAACUACCAGACGCCCGGGCUGAUGAUGGAUUUGAACAUUGGCUGGUUCCGUCAGAACGGGAACUGCGGCUUUGUGCUGCGCCCAGCGAUCAUGAGGGAGCAGGUUUCAUACUUUAGUGCCAACACAAAAGAUUCAGUGCCUGGUGUUUCUCCACAGCUCUUACACAUAAAGAUCAUCAGUGGACAAAACUUUCCCAAACCCAAAGGCUCAGGUGCCAAAGGAGACGUGGUGGACCCUUAUGUGUAUGUGGAGAUACAUGGGAUUCCUGCUGACUGUGCUGAACAAAGGACUAGAACAGUCAACCAGAACGGGGACAACCCCCUGUUUGACGAGAGCUUUGAGUUUCAGAUAAACCUCCCAGAGCUAGCAAUGGUACGCUUCGUGGUGCUCGACGAUGACUACAUCGGUGAUGAAUUCAUCGGCCAAUACACGAUCCCCUUUGAGUGUCUCCAGCCAGGUUUUCGCCACGUACCUCUACAGUCUCUGACGGGGGAGGUUCUGCCACAUACGUUGUUGUUUGUUCAUGUGGCAAUAACCAAUCGAAGAGGGGGCGGCAAACCUCACAAAAGGGGGCUGUCCGUACGAAAAGGCAAGAAGAGCAGAGAGUAUGCCAGCAUGAGAGUGUUAUUGAUCAAGGCUUUGGAUGAUGUCUUCAAAACAGCCAUGCAGCCGCUGAGAGAGGCGACAGACCUCAGAGAGAACAUGCAGGUAAGACAUUUGAAUAAAACUUCACUGUACUCACUCUUUAAACUCUGAUAUUUGCAGAAUUGAACCCACAACUCUAUCCUUGAUACCUGCAGCAAUUGUUUGACUUUUUCCUCCCAUCUCUCAGUAUGUUUUGUGAGGAAGGGGGUAGACUUAUAAAAAAUGUAACCACAAGUCAAGUCGACAAGAUUACAGCCAGAUUUACUACCAAGAAUUUUCAGCCUCGAAAAAAAGGGCUGACCACAAGGACAAACACAAAACCACCGGGCAAAAGUCAAACAGAUGAUGGGAAAUGAUCUGAAAAAUCAAAUGAGAUUUGCAGUUACAUGGAUGAGGAUAAUAAGUUUUAUCACGCAUGAUUAUGUGUUUUAACUGAAGGUCUUGCAAGUUUAAUGACCUCUCAUCCUGAAGCUUUUUGCCCUUAUCUAAAAUUGAGCCGUUCCAGACACCAAAGAGCUCAUGAAUAUGUUUCAUUACUCUAUUUUACGUGGUGAAGUUAAUGUUUCAUUUGUGGUGUUUAAAGAAAUAUUUGAGAAAUGCUACAGGAGUGUCACAACACUUUGUGGUUGGUCUCAUGUUGUGUGUCCCCAGGCAUUGUAUUAGGAUUUAUUUUGGUAGACCUGUUUAUAUUACGCUCAUUGUGUGAUAACAAGCCACUGGCCUUGACACUAUAACACAUCCCGGCCGCCCUGUCACAGAUUGUCCCCCCGGUUGUUUAUGUAGGGUUUAAAUUUGGCCUUUCACAGGAAGACGAGGAUCUCUGUGUGUGCACAUGUGUGUGUGUGUGUGUACGUCCAUGUAACACUGGUGACGGUCCAAGAGGUCUGAGUGUUUAUGAGUGGUGUAGAAGUGACAAAAUGAAGGUUCCCACUUGUGCUGCGGGCUUCCAGCCAUUCCCUCUGACAGGGUGUUCCUCUCAGUGGUUGUGGUUAUAUAUUUCAUGCUGACCACAGCUAUCUUUGAGAAUAUUCAGCACCUUAUCUAUGAGACAAACGUUUUGCUUGCGUGGCUUUAAUAAAGUGUGUACCUGUUUGUCGGCGCUGCUGUAAUUUCUCUCUUCUCUCUGCAGAAUGCCAUCGUGUCCUUUAAAGAGCUGUGCGGCCUUUCAGCGGUGGCUAACCUGAAGCAGUGCAUCUUGGCUCUUUCCCCUCGACUGACCGGCCCUGACAACAGCCCUCUUGUGGUUUUUAACCUCUCUGACCAGUACCCGAACAUGGAGCCCCAGGGCCUGCUCCCAGAGGUCCUCAAGAAAGUCGUCACCACCUAUGAAAUGGUGAGUAAAAUUUUAUUUGACUUGCACAUUAAUAAAACCUGACUCAAUCAGACAAAUUACCAUAAUUAAAAGCACAAUAGAAAGAGACAUAUUACUAAUCUGUGUGGGCGGGCGCUAAAGGGAAUUUCACAUAUCACCAAACCUGGAAAAAUGCAGAGGAAUGAUUCAGAGGAGCUGUGAUGAUAACCUGCUAAUUUUUUUUUUAUUGAAAUGUGCUUCAUCUUCUCUCUCGAUCAUUCUUAUGAUUCUUGUGCAAGCAACAGAGGCUUAUAUUUCUAUUUAGCCAUCUUUUUUGCAGCCAUCCAUCAAAGAGAAAAGGACGACCUAACCAAGCCAACUAGCUCAGACCCCAAUCGGAUCAAUACCUUUGGCUUUACUGGACUUAAUUGGGACACAGAGAUGGUUAGGUAACCGGGCUGCAGCUUUGUUAAGUAAUAAAAUCAAUGAUCACGUGUUAUGCAACAUGCUAUUGAGGCUAUUCCCUGACAAAACCAUUAUCCUUCACACAUCCUGUCCGCUUAAAUUGAUUCUCAUCACAUUUGACUUUCCAAUAUUAAGUCAGGAAGGAAGCCAAUAUCCUCUCUAAAACUCAUGAAGGAAGCCGAGCAACAAGUGAACUCCUCUGUGUGCUCCAUGAGAUUUAUUUCUCUUCAACCCUGUUAUAUAAGUCAGCGUUUAGCAUUAGUGCCUGAGCGCAGCAGUUUCCCGUCUCUCACGUUUACAGUGUGCAUACAGGGAGAGUGCACCACUCAGGUGAAAACAGGCUCUUGAUCGCCUUUUACUAGAGGCUAUACUAGAAAAAACAGAGGUGCGCACUCCUCUGAAGAGCUGACCAAAAUCCUCCAUGUCAUUUAACCUGUUAGAGAAAAAAACGCGCUGAGAAACACGUAUGUUAUCUGCACCAACAGUGCUACUUCUAUGGCCCAUUCUGUCCCCUGGGAUUCGAAGAUGAAUAUCUGAAGAGUGCUGAGGCAGAAAAGAUUCAAGCGCGAACCGAUUAAGGUGACCCCUCCGGUCUAUUCAGACUCAGGAGUGGAGGGCUGUGUAAUUGGCCCUGAUGGCAAAAGCAUCAGAGAGAUGUAGUUGAAGGGAGAGACGGUGGAAAUUGACGGGUGUUUGGGGAGCAAAAUCGAAUGAAUUAAGAGGCAGGGCUUAAGUGGUCUGAAGCAUGUAGGCCUUGAUCAUCAGCAGAUUGCCAGAAGAGACAGGGAGCAGAAAGGUGCGCUGCUUAAGGAAAGCUGACAAGUAGAGAGGCACAAAUGAAAUGAGGAAAAUCAAACUUAAAAGAGUCGUAAAUAAUGUAUAGGACGAUAAAAUUAGAAUUCAGGCAGCGUGUCAAAAUCCACCAUCAGGGAGGAGGCAGGGACCGGCUCCUUAAUUGGCCAAAACAGAAUCUAGGUCUCAAUCCCUGCCCAUUCAUGUGCAGAAAAAAGGCGGAGAGACUCAGUGUGAUGCCAGCUUGUGUUCUUAGAUAAUGUGGUCUGAUUUCUGUGUCUGUUCAUAACAGAUGAAUUGAGGGCACUGUCUGUAAAUAGAGAUAAGAUAGGAAUGCACAGUCUUUGAAACACUAAACCACAGAGAAAACAAGGCCCAUAUGUUAGCUAUUGUUUUGUCCCACAACAAUACAUUUCUAAUCAUUGUAAACAUACAUAAUUAUUAGGUCCCAUUGUUUCAAUUCAGCAGGAUGUCUUAACUAACUUUAGACAUGUACAAUCCCUUUGAAUGUAAAAUUGUAUUAUAUUUACUUACUUAAAAUUAGUCUUUUAUAUCCACAUAGGAGCAGACCCUCUUCAACAGAGGCCGCCAUGUUUCCAUCAACAAACACAUGUUUUUGUGUUUAGUGUCAACAAAAUACCGCGGUUAGUCGACAAAUGAAAGAGUGGUUAUCGUAUUAAUAGGAGUUUUGAUGGUAAAAAUGAAGGAUCUUAAUUAUGUCCUUGGAGGCCACAGAUAGAUAGAUAGAUAGAUAGAUAGAUAGAUAGAUAGAUAGAUAGAUAGAUAGAUAGAUAGAUAGAUAGAUAGAUAGAUAGAUAGAUAGAUAGAUAGAUAGAUAGAUAGAUAGAUAGAUAGAUAGAUAGAUAGAUAGAUAGAUAGAUAGAUAGAUAGAUAGAUAGAUAGAUAGAUAGAUAGAUAGAUAGAUAGAUAGAUAGAUAGAUAGAUAGAUAGAUAGAUAGAUAGAUAGAUAGAUAGAUAGAUAGAUAGAUAGAUAGAUAGAUAGAUAGAUAGAUAGAUAGAUAGAUAGAUAGAUAGAUAGAUAGAUAGAUAGAUAGAUAGAUAGAUAGAUAGAUAGAUAGAUAGAUAGAUAGAUAGAUAGAUAGAUAGAUAGAUAGAUAGAUAGAUAGAUAGAUAGAUAGAUAGAUAGAUAGAUAGAUAGAUAGAUAGAUAGAUAGAUAGAUAGAUAGAUAGAUAGAUAGAUAGAUAGAUAGAUAGAUAGAUAGAUAGAUAGAUAGAUAGAUAGAUAGAUAGAUAGAUAGAUAGAUAGAUAGAUAGAUAGAUAGAUAGAUAGAUAGAUAGAUAGAUAGAUAGAUAGAUAGAUAGAUAGAUAGAUAGAUAGAUAGAUAGAUAGAUAAAAAAUACUAAAAAUACUAAAUAUACAAUAAAUACAGACUAAAUAUACUAAACAUCCCAAGAGAAAAAAGUGAGAUAUGAAAAAUGUGGACUAUUAAAAUGAGUAAUAAAUAUGAAAUAUUUAUGAUUUAUGAUUGAUCAUCAGGAGUGGUGAGCAAGGGAGCGUUUUAAUCUAUAUUCUCACUGCUCGAUAUCACAUGAUAUUCCAGUUCUACGCACUGCACCUUUAAACCAAAUAAGCCUGUGUCUCUCUGUAAAUAGCUGUAAUUACUGUAAUAAAAGUUAACACACAACUCACAAGCUGUAGUCUUCAUUGCACAAAUGGGGCAAAGACCACCCACUCACCUUCUAGUGUGCCUUUAAACACAUUUUAGACGCAGCGUCUGCCACCAAGACAGUAAUUUCUUUUCCCAUCAGGGAAGUAAUCACAGCGUGUGCGACAGCUGCAGCUGCAGAGUGACACAAACAGCCAAAGCCACUUAGUCAUGAUGGCGUGUAACAUGGUGAUUCACCCCAUGGGUUGGGGUGAGACUGUGCCGAUUGCACCAUACAAGUCACAAUGUCAGGAGACGGCCUCUAUAUCAAUGUGGCAAAUCCCCCAUCUCGCUAACUACUGCUAAUGAAUCAGGUUUAAAUCAAAGUUCUGAUGAUGUAGACAUAAGUUUGAGUUUAGGAGGUGAUAUAUAUUCACAGUGAAGAAGUUUGAUCAUUUUUGUUGAUGUUUGAGUCUAAACAAACAUAAUUAGGAGAAGACAACCAGCACUUUUGAAGGGAGUGUUGAAAGUAUCGCACUAACACAGACUGUGACAGGCCUCCUGAUGAUACAAGUCUUUCAAACUGGGUCACAGAUAUGAGUAGUAGCUUCAGCUGUCAAAGCUGCAUUUGAAUAUCUUAAUGAAAGCUGUGCAGUUGGUGCUGUAGCAAGUGCUGCUAGUUGUACCACAGUACGUGUUGGUCUGACUCAAAAUAAACAGAGUUGAGAGUGUUCACAGUGACACUCCAUCAGAUCAUAAAACAAUAACAACAAUGGAGCUCGACUGAGAGGGAGAACGAUCUAGUUUCUGUUUUGGAUGCACCGGCAAAAACUCAUUCAACAGAGCCCACAGUACACUCCAAAAGAAGAACCUUCACAAGCCCGGCUUCUUUGUUUCACAGAACCCAAGUAAAUAAAUACCCAGUGUGUGGUUUUUAGUGAGCAUGAUGGUGGCUCAGAAGCUAAAGAGGUGUGACAUGAAAAACUUGGCUUUUAGUGGGAAAAAUAACCUGCCAUGGUUCUUGAUAUUUUUAUAUUUGACAGAAAUCUGUCCAUUUCUUCAUUGGAGGGGUUGAGAGAGCUGAGGUUGAAUGUAUGGACUGUAGGCAGGCAGGGAAUCAAAUUACAGACCCUGAUAAUUAUGAACGUUAACAAUGUGCCUUGAUUAACAUGAUGUACAUGCACACAGACCUACUUGUCUCUCUUGCACAGAAAAAAAAUAGAGAGCAUAUAUAUAUAUAUAACAUCUCUCUGUCUCUGCAUCGGUGCAAUGAAGUAAAAGAUUCAUUGCACAGAGCAGUUGUCUUACAACACAUGGGACAUACUGUAUUCUCGCUCUGCAACCCUGCGGUGAUAUAGUACAAUCUCUACAAAGCAAAGACAAAAAGUGACAUCAGUUUUAGUUCUCGACUCCAGACCCCAGUUUACACAAAACUCAAAGUUAACCUCUUGAAGAAUGGAAAAGCAGAAGACAGCAGUAUUGAAUGACUGAGCUACAAAGUGAAAAGAGCUGCAGUAGUAAAAACAAAGCGUUUAAAUCGGAGAACUAUAGCGCAUUAUUCUGAGGCAGACGCUGAAUAUAACACAAUCACGAGUCCACUAACUUAAAGACAGAGUUUAGAUUCAGCUGAACCACAUCCUGUUCACUGUGUCUCCAUUGUCUGUGUGUGUGUGUUAGCUCAGCCCAGCACUUUAUCAAACAGACACACACCUGCAGCUCUUUAUACAACCAUGACAUGGACAGAAAGCAGAGGAGAGAGACUGAGACGGUGAUGUAACCUGGUCGCAACUUUUUAUUGAGGACCGGAUUUGUUUUAGAAGAAAUUACAGGAUGUCCUCUCUUUUCCAUUAUAGAGCUUAACUCUAAAUUCCUCUAAGCAGGAACAGCACUGUGAAAGCAUGAGGCACUCACCCUCUGUUUGGAUGAUUCUGGACCCCAAAACCACCUCGUCUCUGCUCCAGCUCACACACAUUUGUUUAUGCUGCGACCUCCUCUUUCGAAAAGCUGCUGCUGCUUUUAAGAUUGCACAUCUAAAACCUCAAAAUCCAUUCAAUACAAAUACCUGCCCAGCUGUGCUUUUUACACAGGCAUUAUUUUGAUAUAAACACCACCUUUACCUCUAGAGUUAAAGCUACACAGCCACCCCCUUUAUUUUACGUUAACGGUUUCUUAUACUUCCUGUCAUCUGGAUCAAGUCAUAGUUGAAUUUGGUGCUUUUAGAAAGAUUUCACCAAAAGAAAAAAAAUCUGUAAUUAAAUUUGAACAAAACCAAUCUGAGGGUGUUGGAUGUAUUUCUCUUAGUUCCCUCCACCCUGUGAACAGCUACCCUCCCCCUUUAUUCUUUCUGUUUCUGGCAGACCACAGAGAUUGUUCUCAGGGGCGUGAUGUUGGUCUCUGCUCUUUUUUUUUUUUCUGAGUGGCUUUGUUACACUCUGCCUGAAUGAUUUGUUGUUUUUCUUUCCUUCCUCGCUGUCUUGGCAGCUGAGCAGGCUCGUCUGGGCUUUGUGUUGCAACCUUAAGGUGCACUUUUGGGGUGUAAAAGUGAAUGUAAAAGUCACUUACAACGAGGACUGGGCAACAAAACGAUAACGAUAUAAAUCGAAAAUUAAUUUCCCUCAAUAUCAAUAUAAAACAUGAUCAAUAUGCUUCUCAAUAGUCGACAUUCUGUUUUGGUAGACUAUACGAAUAGCCAAUGAAAAGGGGAGUUAAACCAAUCAUGUGCUGAAUUAGAAUCAAGUAUCAAACAACUGCGUCGUAGCAGACAGCAGCUACACCCAACUAUAGCACUGAAGCCGACAGCACUGUUGGUGAGAAAAAAAGAAAAUGAGUGCUACCGCCGACAGAAAUGACCAUGAAGGCUCAACAGAUGGCCACAUCGUCCACAACACUGGCGGUACGAAAACGUCGGUGGUGUGGAAUAAACACUGUUAGAUUUCAUUUUUAUAUCCUGAUAUAUAUCGAUAUCGACUGAUAUGAAAAAUAAUAUAUCGUGAUAAACUUUUUCACAUAUCACCCAGCCCUACUUACAACAUGAAAUGGCAGCGUGCACAGACUCCAUGCAGUACUAAGUGAAAUCAAAAGCAACACCAGCUACAUACAUACAGUACAUCAUCCCCUUCAGACGGAACAAUUAAGCUGUUACUGAGAUUAUGGGAGAGAAGGAUCCAGAUGGUCCGUCAGGCCCCCUGUUCUCUCAGUGCUUAUUUACCUCUUUCUGUGACAGCCCACAUAUGCAUCAUUAACCUCCUGAAAACACCACUGUGCUGCCUCCCCCUGCAUAAGGAAACCAAAGUUUUUCUGGGGAGAUUUAAUAUGUAAAUGGAUCCCUUUGAGUCUGCUUUAAAGGCCACCGUGAGAGUUUUAACAGUCGGCAGGUCAGCAGAGUUUGUGCACUCAAUUAAGGCUGAGCAUAACACCACAGGAGCUAAAUUUAGACUCCUUCACAGCUGCAAUUUCACAGAUAACAAGGUAGCAGUCUGUUUCAAAUGACUCACAUGUUUAGCUCUGACUCUGAUAAUAAUUAUGUGACCUUGAUGAUCUGCCUUUUCUCUUACAGGGAUGCUUUGAAACCUCAGUAACAGGAGUGACUGUUUUUUGUUCCUCAUAAAAACAAGAAUCUUUGCCCGUUUAAAGAAAACCUAACUUUUAAUAAACACCAUCAUCUCUCGUGUCUCCCUGCCUCUAAUUUUGGCUUUAAAAAAGGCAAUUCAGGGACCACACCCGCCAUCGUGCCUGUAAUAACAGCUUGUGUCUGAGCCUGGCUGCCAGACGGAGCCUGCUCCCUGCUUUAUUGUGGGACGCCAGUUCUGCUGAUGUGGAAAAGAAAAAAACGAACAGUGUGUUUGUGUCUCUUCAGGUGAUUCAGACCAGCAAGACUCUGCUGGAGAACUCUGAGGGGGUGUACGAGAGGAUUCUUCAGACGCAGAAAACAGGUAAGAGAUGGUUCGAGAGUGAAAGAGAAAGACUGUUGGAGGGCGUUUCCUCUCACUGUCACACAUCUUCAUCACUUCGAAUUGUUUUAACACCACACAACAACAGAGCGCUAAAAAUGAAAGGACUGUGGUCUGUACAAAGCUGCAACACACAACUCACCUGCCUCAAGUGUCACCAAAAACUAUAUAACCCUCUUCCUUUAAGACUUGUUUGCACCUGUAAGCCCACAUGAAACCAAGUCUUUUACAUACGCAGAGAAAAAAAAACUCCCUAUAGGAGCUUUAAUUCACACCAGUAACUGCCACUGUGCUUGAUUUCAAAGAUCUGAACCACACAGCAUUGCCCUUUAACAGUUUGGUAGAAAACCUCUGAAAAAAACCUUCAUUACAGGUACAACGUGUUGAAUUUAGAGACCAGGCUUCAUAUAAAUGCCCCAAAAUAUCAAUUAGUGUAUAAUAAUCUUCAUAUAAAUAUCCUUUAUUGCACCAUUAUAGCACUAGACAGACAAACUAGCAAUAUAUGUGGUUUCAUAUUUAGUGAGUGGCCACACAGAAUGACCUGGUGGUAGGAAGGAGAAGAAGAAGAAGAAGAAGGAGGAGAAGUAGAGGAAGUAGAGGAAGAAGAAGGAGAAGGAGAAGAAGGAAAGAAGGAGAAGAAGAAGAAGGAGAAGAAGAAGGAGAAGAAGGAAAGAAGGAGAAAAAGAAGAAGAAAGAGAAGAAGAAAGGAGCGGUAAUUGUGCACAAAAGAAUGAUAAAAACCACAUCAAUGAAAGAUGGUACUUAUUAUACCGAUUAAAGCAGCUCCUUGUCGUCGCAGAGCCACCAUUGCUUCUGGAAUUCCACCAACGCAAAGCGGUUUCACUUUUCACACUGACUGCCAGUAUGGCUGUCCCGACACAAUAUUGAUAUCAGAUAUUAGAUAUCGGUCCAAUAUCAGCCAAAAAAAAUAUCUGAAUAUAUCGGCCUUUAUCUAAAAUCUACGGCAUCAGCACUCCGAUACAUGCAGUCCAUUCCAGACUCCACUCCAGCACCUCUAGCUAGUAUGCAGAGCCUACAUGAUCACAACAUCAGUGCGUACUAAGUUACUAACAGAGUAGUGAGGAGUAAGCGUGAUGUCAGCUGUGAGGCAAAGCCCCAAAAAAGACGUUGCAGCUGAGUGCAAAACUUGUCAUGCACAAGUUUGUUGCAAAUAUCGGAUCAAUAUCGGUAUCAGCCGAUACUUACAGUGACAAUAUCGGUAUCAUAUCGGAAGUUAGAAAGUUGUAUUUGGACACCCCUAACUGCCAGAUAUUGCUCAAUUUGCCCAUUUACACAUUAAACCUUUAAACAAGAUGUCUUGGAGAAAAUGGUUGUUUUGUUGUGAACGGUGACAAAAGAUGACAAAUGUGUGGAGAGGAAUUCAAGUCCAGAGCGAGUCUGUCUACAGACAGUGAUGACUCUGGAAAAGGGAGUUAUCUCAGCUUACUUUAAUGACUAUUUGGCAGUGAUGCUGGUGAGCAAACGCCAUUUUUAAUUCGACUGCGGUGUCACUUCAAACAGACGAACUGUGGUUUCAGGUCAACAGGUUACUAUCGUACAGGAAAGCUGGUGUUUAAAGUGUUUGUGUGUGGACAGUCUGAGUCAGUCUAAACAGGGUGAGGUGACGGUGUUUGGAUGAUGUUUCUGAGAUGCUUGCACAGCAACAAAGUGCAUAAAUAAAAGUCAGAAACCUCAGACAGGUCAAACCACUGAGCUCAACAGAAAAUUGUAAACUUUAGAGUGAAAACUGAAAAUAACCAGAUAAACAAGCUUCCUGGUUUCACAAAGUGUUACUCUAUGAUUAUCUCCGCCUGUUGACAAGUCAGAAGUGACUACUGUGGGCAGGACUAGAUGUCAUAUUUGUCUCUUACUAGUCGGACCAGGACGAUUUGGUUACAUUUUCAACUGAUCCAGAUUUGAAGACCAGGCUGGACAUUUUCAGCACCGUUCAAGAUCAGUCCUUUCUGCCUCUGCUGAAGGCGAAUACAUAAAUGUAGUGAAACAGGAACAUUUGUUGUUGAUUUGCAUGUGAAGCACUUUUGGUCACAUGUCUUGCAGAGGCACAUUGAAGUGUAUGGAUAUGAUUAAAGUAGAAAUGAGUCCUGUCAUUGUAUGGACUCAGUUCAUCCACACACGCUCUCUGUAGCUCCUUCAGGCUCUGUCAACAGUUGCUAAGAUCCAUGAGAUGAGCUGCUGCGGCUCUCCGUCGGGCUAUGAAGGACCAUACCAGGAUUGUACAUUAUGAUUCAUGAGCUUCAAGCAAGCUCUGUACUUUGGCCUCCCUCUCCUGUGUUCCUGAGUUGUUGACAACAUUUUUCAAAGCAGAGUUAGUCAGCAUGGUCUGAAACUUCCACGAGCCCCCCACUCCAAUCAGUACUGGGCAAGUGCAAUUCUCUACAGAGACAGGAAGGAUGAGACAAGAUAGCAGGCUACCGUCACGCUCACUGUAUCUGCUGUUCACUUACUUAUCAAUAUAUUGUGUUAAUGUACCCUGGUCAGGUCGAGGCUACUCAAGGGGUUGCCUGCGGGCCAGGUUCAGCCCAAGGGCCACCAAUCAAAUAGCCUGGAGUCAGACCUUCACAAAUGAAUCUAAUGGUAAUGAAAUCCGGGAUCACCAGCCUGUGGUAACAUAACGACUGUACAGGCCAGGGGCUAAGUGACUCCGUUUAGCUUUUUCUGAUGAUUGAUCGGCUGACUUGAUUGUUAGCUCAUCAGUGAAUCCCUGCUGGGUUCAGGAACAUCCACACAAACCGUCUCGAGAGGGAGAAGAUUUACCUGGAAAGCUCUCAGUGAUUUUAUCUCCGCUCCUUGAACAGCUCUUGUUAAAUGUGUGUUUAACUCGUGUUAAUAGUCUUGUUAUGUUGAUCACACAUGUUGAAAAGAUUAAUUUCACUUAAUACUUUUGGCGAUGCAGCACUUUGAGGAAAUUAUUCAGAGUAAAUGGGGCCGAUUAUUGUGGUGCUGGCGUGCUGGAAGUGCUCGGUGCGAGUGGAGGAGGGGAAGACCAACCAUCAGUAACAUAGCUCAGCUUUAUUGGUGCCCUGAAGGAGGACUUAUAAAAUAUUCAAUUUCCAUUGUCUUGGCCCAUCAGAGAGAAGGACCGUCUCUCUAAACCGAUGCAGAUCAGGAGCUGCAGGCUGUUUUUUCCUUCAGCUAGAGACCUUUAAGCCUUUAGUAAUUUCAUGCCAUUGGUUUUUAGAUUAAUAUGUGCUUUAGUUCCUGGCAUCUGAAAGUUUCGACUGACAUUGGUGCUUACAUAUGUGCAGGGAGGAGUUUUAUUGACUGUUUCUUAAAUGUUUGAAGGUUAUAAAAUGAUCUUGAUGCAGGAUCAUUCUCGAAUUCAACUUCAGUGUUUCCCCCUAUAGUGUAUUUGGCAGAGAUCCCAACCCAGAAAUUGAAGUCAGACUCUAAACGUCCUUACACACCGGGACCGACGCAAAUAUCUGACGCGAAAUUACGAAAUAUUUGGAGGCAAAUUUUGACGCGCCUGACCUUACACAUCAAGCCGGUCGGCCAUGUUGGAUAUACCGGUGAAUCUGACGUCACAACAACAAUCUGAUUGGUCAGAAGUGGACAAACAGUGUGCGAAACUUUAGAAAAAAAUCGACUUUGAAAAUAAAAAAUGCCGCACUAUAGCAGGACGGGAAAACCCCGCUGAUGUGAACACUUGUAUUGACAGGAUAUGAGUUCGAAAAAAAAAUAUUGCUCCCGGUGUGUAAGGACUAUAAAGCUCGCAAUCGUUUCAUCAUUUAAGAAAAAUGUUUCUCUCCGCUCCUCUGCGAUGAACAGGGCUCGCCGCUCGCUCCUCUCCCUAUCUCACUCCAUACACGCGUGCUGACAUGCCGCGCCACGUAGUUCAGAGGCUACGUCCACUGAUUCUGGUGCUCUGGUUGCGAGCGCUUACUGCUCAUACCCUGCCAGUUUUGCGCAGCCGCAGGGUGGUUUUGACAACCCGGAGUCCACUAUGUUUUCCACUUACAAAACAAUUUAAAAAACUGGUCAUGGAGCAGCAAACUGUCCCAGAACGUUCAACAUUACUUGUGGAUGCUAGCUUAAUCACCUCUCCCCAAAAAACAGCGCUGGCUCAUCUACCCUCGUAUGUCUACGUCAUGAGCUCGCCCCCCGCCAAAGUGAAAAAGCUCGAGGAAACACUGAACUUGAUGAUGAGAACUGCUCUGUCUUUAUUUUUACUAGUAAAAGGUAGAAAAAACACACAGCUGUGAAUGAAACUGAGACGACUUACGAACAUUUAAAUAAAUAAAUCUUCAGAUGAACUUGGAAAGCAUCUGCUUCCUCCAGGCCCCAUUCAGUUUCACUCAGCCUGUUUUCUCAACCAGCUGCUGUUUAACCACCAGUGUGCAGAUUUUGAGUUUAACAUUAUUUAUAAAACCAACACUCUGCAUCUGUUGGAGCUCAUCACAUAAAUUUUACACAUUAUUUGAUACACACAGCAAAUGUAUAAGCAGACCAACCUUGAUGUUGUUCUAGGUUUCUUCUAUAAUAUAAUAAACUAUUUAAAUUAAUUCAAUGUAUUCUAGCCUGGAGGAGAAGUCUUUUCUACUUUAUAACAAAACAAAGUAGGAUUUCAUCACCGGUGAGGUUCUGUUAAAGGUCAGGUGAUGCUCCAUUUCAUGUUGCGUGAGUUUGGAAACAACAGGAUGUGAUGUAACUACCUUUUGUUCAGUGCAGUGAGGCCAAGCCAUUAUUGAAAUCCCCCUCGUCUGCAUGAAUCAGUCCUUUAUAUGAAACAAUACUCAGACGAAUAACACGGCACUGGAACUGGACCACACAAGCUUUUCGAUCUCAGAGCUGUGUUAUGUAUGAACAUCUCCAAUCAGCUGAUGAAAACUCAAUAGCAGACAACACAAACUAGGACACAACAGAUGGCAAACUGAUGAACUUGAGCAUUGACUGAUUUUCCAUCCUGAACUGACAUAUUUUAACCCCGGUGCUGUUUGUGUGUACAACCGUACACGUGCGUUUGCCGGUGUGCUUGUUUGUAUUUGUGUGUGUGAGUUGUGGUUUUCUCGCACUUGUCUGUUGCGCAGAAACUGGGUCAGUACAAACCCAAUUCCCCCUUUACAGCGAGCGGAACGUUCCAGCAGCAACAGCUAUUAAAGUUGUGAAUAAUCCAUCACAUGAGCUCAGACAGGAGCCCACUCCAAAUCUCACACAGGCAGUGUCAGAGAACACAGUCAGGUGUUAGCAGCUCCAACAUGGAUGUAACUUCCCUCUGCCCACACAUACUUAGGCUCAAAUUAGCAUUCAGAGCAGCUGGGUGGCUGGACCUGCUGCAGACUAACAAGAUCAUUAUGGAAGAUGUUCUUAAAUGCCAAGUGGAAAAUUAUCCUAGAGGAGUGGCUCUGCUGUGACAUUAUGCAGAACUCAAAGCAGAGAGCUAAUGCUCGCCGCACAGGUUAAAAUACCUUUUCAAUGUGAAUUCCCCAAAGUCUUUCAGAGUGUGUGGCGGCCGUCACUACACAGCUCGUUUUUUAAUAGUUUUCAAGAGUUGAUCUUAAGAUGGACCGCAAGAAAUUAUUGAUUCAAUGAAGCAGAUUGCUGCACCUGAAGUACAUUUGCUCAUAUUCACAGUGGAAAAGAAUGACGUGUUUGAUCGUUAAAGAUAGGAGAACAUCAAGGAUUUACUUUCAUGCGAUUAUGUAAGGACAGAACAAGAGAGAUAAUAAUACAGAUUUAUCCAGAGGGGAUUCCAAUACUGACCGGAUGCAAACAGCAGAGUAUGUGCAGAGUUGGUACUUAUCAGGAAAUCAAGUGAGUUGACAGACUUAUAGUUUAAUUUUAUGAGCUGCAAAGUUUGUAAUCGACUCAGAUAUUCCAAAUCAAGUAUUCUGUGACUAAUACUGAUCCUAUGAGUUGACUGGUAUCAAGCUAGUUCAGCAAAUCUUCAGCAGUUAAUUCUAUUUCCAUACCUCACAUUUCCAAGCACCAGACUAGAGAGCAAGAACCACAAACACAAAAAAUACACAAAUUCAGAAAAUGUCCUUGGCUUCUGUACCUCAUAAUAGUUUAACUUCAAUUUCAUCACCUGCCUGUGCCCACUUUGCCUGCACUAUACAAACACCUGUGCAGAGUCCAUGAGGAGAUACAGCAGAAUUAUUGCUCAGGAAUGACACAGACUGAAAUUUCACUAAAGUUUGCUAUGAAAGCCCCCCCUCUUAGACCCUGUCGUGGACCCUCCCUGCGCUGACAGUGAGGCGGUGCAGGUUCAUUUGUUUGGCAGAGUGCUUCUGACGUCUGACUUAUUGGAAUCCUUUAAAUCGAGCUUACUCCUGCUUGUUUCUCUAAAGCGCUGAAUCCGACUUAUUUUUUGGCUGAACUUUCGUCUUUUAAUCCAGUUUUGUGAAACAUUGUUCACCACGUCUCUUCUUUAAAAGUCAUGAGUGUAGAAGUUUUUCUCUAAAAGAUUUCUGAACAUGUUCAAUCGUUCACCAAAUUUAAAUUUUUUAACCUUUAAGAUGCCAAAUUUCCCAGCUUAAAUUUCAUUAAAAUUCAUUAAAUAAAGGAAAUAAAGAUUUGACCUCCUUGGAGAACCCCAGACCCUUACUUAUCCAAGCUCUCUGGUAACAGGGGCUAAAGUUUAACUAAAACUAACUGUUAUCCUUUAUUUGUUAAACAGUAGCAGCUUUUUGAUGUUAAUACCCCUCGUUUGGUCCUAUUUGGGGUUUCUUAAAUACAUUUUUCUAAAGCCACAACCUCCAACUUUCUGAUGUGUUAAAAUUACUGAGGGAUUUAAAUUAUUUUUUUAUCAUUAUUGAUCAUUAAUUGGUUCAAUUUUCAACAUAGUGCUCAGAAACAGCUGCAACAGUCCUGUCAUACUAACAACCAAUCCAACAGAUCUUUCAGGUUGUGGGCUUUUUAUCUGACCCUCUACACAUCAGCCGUUAUUGUACAGUUAUGGUCUUGCAGCAUUACCUCACAGACAUCAGUGUGUGCAGCGCCUCGCUGGGAAUGAGCUUCCCCUCGUCUUGCCUAUCAGACUCCAUGAAAUGUUGCUAGGCAACCUCCAUGUGAGCAAGAGAUGGAAGAAGCUGCGCGCUUCCUUCAGCACAGUCAUGGUUCACGUGCAGCAGCAGCAGCAGCUCCGUAGUUACGGCACAGAGACCUGAAACAGAGGAGAGAAUAAUGUGACAUGUUGGUUAUGACAUGAGCAGAGAAGGUGGAAAAACAAGUGUGUGUGUGUGUGUGUGUGUGUGUGUGUGUGUGUGUGUGUGUGUGUGUGUGUGUGUGUGUGUGUGUGUGUGUGUGUGUUUUAGGAGCACAGGUGUGAUGUCAGUCUCGGAGACGAGAAGUGUGUCAGAGAUGACAGUAAAUUCUGUCAGUUUCUGGAGGUUGUUUUCACGCCUGAGAUCUGGUGGCAGACUUGUUUUCUCAGCUGAGAGGUUCUCGAACAGCCCAACCCCUCACCUAUUAUGGUGAUUUCACAUGAAGGGGGAUACUCUCAUGUGCACACCAUGUUUCCAUGGCAACAGCACCAACAGGGGCCCAGGCUGGCUCUAACUGAUAUUAGAGCUUCAAGCGGAAAUGUGUGCGUCCUCUGUAGGAGUUUCCAGAGCACAAGUGUUACGCAGUUGUGGGCUUUGUGUGGAGUAGGAACUCUGCUUCAUCUCCUUUUGGUUUAUUUCGCUCCCAGGCUAAGGCUGCCUGUUGCUGCAGUGUCAGAGCUGUACUGUACAGUCAGCUCAACAUUAAACAUGUCCUUACUCAGACUCAGUCAUGCAAAGGGAACGAAAAAAAAAAGAAAGAGAGAGGAAGAGAGGAGGUGGGAAAGCUCCUCAGGAGACAAAUCCCUCCUCUGUUUCAUGCCUUGAUGCUAAUCCACAGUGAAAGAACGUCAUGUCUGUCUGCCUACACUGCAUCUCUGCUCUGCCUCUCUCUCAGUUUCCGGGGGCUCGUCCUUUUCCUUCUCAUCCUGCCUCACAGCUUCCUUCAGAGCCGCUUGUUGUUUUCUUCUCUGCCUUUGAGUUAUCUUUCCUUUUUAAUGCUUUCUCUCUUUUUUUUUUUCCUUCACACUCCACCAACUGUUGCCGACUCCUGUUCCUCCACGUCCUGCCAACAACUUCAGAUGUGCUACGAUGCUACUCUCCCCACUUAAUAACAUUUCACUGGAACAUAUUGAUUUCAGAGUUAUGGAGAUCAGACGCUUUACAAACUGUUCUCUGUUCAAAUAAGAAAAACACAACAAGUUCAACUCUGUAGAUUUUUGAAACUGCAGAGAGACAAGAUGAUUCCUACUUUGUAAGACAACAGACACUGACAGAAAAGAAACUAAUUUGUCGCACUUUUUAAACCAGUUUGAGGGUUUUCCAGUUUCUCUUGGAAGUAUCCCAAGACCUCUUUAAAUUACUUUUUAUAAAACUUAAAAAAAUAAACCAAUAUUGAAUGACCUCUGGGCUCAGGUAGAAGAAGCAGACAUGACUCUGUAGUGGAAAUCCCUCUAUACGCUUAAAAUGGCUUCCUAAAACCAUGGUAUGUGAAUACAGUCAGUUACUGCAUCCAAAUAGAGUAUUUCUGUUAAAGUUUUAUUACACAAAAAAAAACUUCUAUAAACACGAUCCAGGAGACUUUUCAGGUACAAAAGUUCCUGUCUUCUGAAACAUCAAAAUCUGACAAUCAUCUUGGAAAUCAUGGAAGCUGCAUUCUCCACUCUAAAGAGGAGAGGAAGAGAGACCACGUGGCUUGUUCUGAGCGCACAGUUUCAAAGCCAGCAUCCCUGUUGGUACGAGGGGAUCUGAGUGCGGGUGACAUGGGCAGCUUACAUGUUGGGGUGGGCACCAUUAGUGCAGAACAAUGUGGGUUUAGGAGCAAGAUGUGCUGCCUCGGACUGCCAUGGACAAUGCAUUCCUCAGGGAAGACCUCACAUAUGUCAGCAAAACAAUGCCAAACCACAUCGCAUGAGGGUCACAACAGCAUGGCUCUGCAGCAGAAGGGUUAGGGAGCUAAACUGGUCUGACAGCAGUCCCAACUUGGCACCCAUUAGAAAUAUUUGGUACAUAGUGUACUUUAUGCACUUUUGUACCUUUGCAGCUUAAUUUGACUGAAUGUGAUGAGGCAGUUCUAUGUUUUAUUUGUGGCUGUUCUGCCUGAAUCAUCCGUGAUCAAGAUAGUUGGUUGUUGCUAGUUAGCUCAGAGCAGUUUUACUGUUUGAACAGAAGCUUUGUGUAAGAAAUCCAGGAUCCAACAGAGGAUUCUUUAGAGUUCACAGAACAUCAGCGUAACUCUCCUCAGCUUCCCUCUCUGACACAGUCUGACCCAGACCGACGGAGGCCACGUUCACAACAUACAGUGUCGAGGUGAUUUAUAGUCGGUGCAACCGGGACUCUGACUCCAGGGACAGUGGAGAUGACAAGGUUAUGGCAGGGUCGACCCCUGGGCCUAAACCUGGCACUAAAUCCCCCGCCGUACUCAGAAAAACAUCCUUAACUUUAAUUUAUGUUAGAGUGAAAGUUUACCGGAUUUAUAAUGUGUUUGCUAUGGUGAGAGAUGAUCUUGUAAUGUUAACAGAAACUCUUACUUUCUGUUUCAAAAUGAAGCUUGGCAGCAGAACUGUAGGAAACACAGGCUGGAGAAGAACGCCAGAAAAUCACACCUGAUGUCUAUUUUUUCUCCAGGCUGGUCAUGCAGUACAUCUUCAGCAGCAGCUAUCUGUUCUUGCCAGUUAUUAUCACACCCAAGACAUCCAGUAAGAAAGAAGAGGGAAGUCCUCCUCCACAGCCAGAGAACCACUGUACUUUUAACAAACUCAGCCUCGUCUCUGCUGCUGCAGGAGCCGGCUGUGAAAUGUUGACAGCACAUGUCAGGGUCUGUGCUCUAAUGCGUUUCCUCACUGUGACAACAGGCUUAGCACCCAGUCACAUAUCCCAGACUGCUCCAGUCACCCCACGGCUGCUCCUCUGUCUAACAUAACAACAUGGACUCCAACAUUUAAGACUGACUCCUCUGCUUUUUCUGUCUUUUCCCAGCGAUGGAAUUCCACGAGAACCUCCACGACUUGGCCGUGAAGGAGGGGCUGAAGGGCAGGAAGCUGCACAAGGCGGUGGAGAGCUUCACGUGGAACAUCACCAUACUGAAGGUGAGAAGUUCAUUCAACUUAAAAACAUAUUUCACAUAAUUUCUCUCGGUCUCUCUGCUUGAGUAUUCAUGCACAUGCCACACAGCGCACAGUAAUUCGAAAUGUGUUACUUCUCAUGUGUCCAUAAAACACAUGGAUGAUUAGAGGGGGUCAGAGGUCGAGGUCAGAGCCCUCGAGCAAUUUUCCUCAUGGAAAUUUCCAUCAACGGGCGCUACCCUAGUUACAUGACAGCUCUUGUUAGGCUCAGUUAGUGAACUGAUUAUCCGAGCAUGGCGGUCACGAGUCUUUACAGGCCUGAUUUACCAAGGGCAUAUGGGAUGUGUGUAGUUCCUUUAUGUUAUCUUCAGCUGAUUAAUAAUGAUGUCACAUAUAUAAUAUGUACAUAUGUCAAACUGUGUGGUGAUGGAGGUUUUGUUUGAAGACUGUCAGCAUCUGCUGGGUUAAUCAAAGGGGAAUAAAUGAUAUCGUAAGACUUCUAUCUGAACUGCCCAACAACAACAACAACCAUCCUCUUUACAUCAGUCUAUUAAGGGAAAUAGGAAGCAACAUAACACCAAAUGGCAUAAAGCAGGAUGUGAAAGCAGAUCUGAACUCUGGCAGGUUGAUCAAAUACAAUGAACCCCCUUCUUUCUUCACAGUCAUGACCACACAGGGCUUGACACAUACUUUUUCAGAAGGAGUACAUGUUUUCCUAAGUUGAAAAAGUAAGGAGCACACAAAGAACUUUAGGGGCACAAUUACAAUUGAUCAAAUAAUGUGUGUCUUAUAGUCCGACCUUAGUACUAUUAUUUGAAAUCAAUUUUAGUUCAAUUGAUCACAUAACAUGGAAGCUAUUGAAGGAAAACAGCCUUUUUUGAGAAUAUCAACAAGUAAUUUAUUGACGGUCCCUUAUUCAACACCUGACGUUGACAGUGAGGAUGUUGAGUAGAUUUAAAACGCGCCACUGUUGCUGUUCUCGGUUAUGGAGAGUGAGAAGACACCGGUAGAUCCGCAGAGAAUGUCCGUCUAAUAUCCAACCUAAAACUAACUUCACCGCCGUAUUUACAUGAAAAAACAUUUGUUGCCUCAGCUGAUUUUUUUAUUUGCACAUGUGCCCCUACAUACAUUUAACAAUUCACACACAUCUAUUUUUAGUCGCAAAUGUGAGUGAAACGGUCGCACUGUCGAGCCCUGCCACAGUCAGUCCUUAAGGGUCGGCCAAUAAAAUCACUUUUUUAGCAAAGGUCAAUUCAUAGUGGCAGCGACUCUAUCAAGAAAUAACAGACUCCUGCCAUGAAAUGUUGCCACAAUCAGUAAUCAAUUACUUUUUGUGUUAAAAAGCAAACAAUUCAGUUCUGUGUGUCUGAAAUUAGAAACAGAAAUUCAUCCAUUCUGUCUCACAAAAAUCCCUUUUUUAACAAUAAAGCUAACGUUAACCACUGACAUCUUUUCAUAUACAUUAUUUUACACUUACUGUAUAUUUAAAAAGCACUCAGUUCUCAUUCAAUAAUACAUUUCAUGGAGGCAGUAUUGUGCGUCGCUGAACUGAGGGAGUCAUUAGUGUACCGAGCCUGCGCCACUCUGCCCCUCACAUCUUUAUCUCACCUUUUAUUUCAACCUCCACUGCUGAGACAGAGGGUAAUUAUUGUGGAAUAACCUGCUGAAUAUUUAUUUGUAUUUGCACAUGUUCAUUAAGAAUACCACAGGAGCGACUUCGCUAUAAUAUAUUUACUCUGCCCCCAGGCAGUUCAGCACGGAGGGUGUGUUUGAUUCAUUGUGUGUCCAUGUGUAAUCCAGGGCUGAACUUAUAUGGAUCUCACUGUUGGCAGGCUUACAGUGUAAACAGCGCUGUGAGUUUUUUGAUGCUCAUUAAAAGUGCAUCAAGUCAUCGACUUCGAGCUCUUUAAGAUUUAAGAAUGGCAACAAUCCAACCGAGCUUUGAACUGCGAACAAAGAGCUUUCUCUCCUGUGGGGGACACAGCGGUGAUGGUUUGAUAUCAUUCAGAGAUGUUUGCUGUGUGUGUGUGUGUUUACAUGUUCUCACGGCUUUUUCCAUGCAGAACAGACCUUUAGAGAAUCAGCACGACUACUGUGUGAUGUUUGAAAACGGCCGAGUGAGACAGAACAGCCGAGUUAAAAAUAAUGAUAACACAGAUGUUUCAGUGAUGGUCAAGUUAACACUCUUUGCCUUCAGCGGUUUUUUAAUAGCGUUUGUCAGAGUUCGGGAUGCUGCGCUUCCUGAUCCCUGAAUAGAUGAGUUUCUGUUCUAUCAUUAAAAAGUAAACAAGGAAAGGACCGAAACUCAUCUAUGCAGGGGGCAUAAACAAAAGGACAGAGAGGUAGAUUCCUGUUUGGCUAAUUAAAACUUUUAAAAAUCUGGUUUUUGCCUCCACUUUCUCUCCCUGUUGGGUGAAAAAUCUGUUUUAUUGACUAAUCUGACAUGAGAAGAAUCACCUCAGCACCCUAUAAUUGGCUCAUUUGGGCUUUUCUGUGGUUUAUAAAACAGACUUUAUUUUCUUUGAUGAUAAGACAAAGAAGAUUAAGGGGUUGAUUUAUUACAGCGCUUGAAGCCGGGGAAGGCAACCUUCAGAGAAUCCAGCAACAGUAAGCAAUAUUUUAAAAGUAUCUAAGUGAAAAACGCUACAACCACUCUCCCGAACACAUGAGCGUGCACUUCGCUUUUGGUGCAGGGCAAGUACAGGAGACGGCAGCGGGUAAAAGAGCAGCGCUACUUUUGUUAUACAUUUAUUUUUUUAUUUAUAGGAGAGAGAAAAUGGUGCAGACAUCAAAAGAGCAGAUUGUAAAAGAACAAAGUAGGAUACAAGUCCAGUUUCUGAGUAGGAUGAGUGUAUGACAGCACGUCAAUGUGGACCUUCUGCAGUGUUUCCAGACAUGUAGAGCUAUUCAUCUGUCUUUACAUUCACUGUAUGUUUAAGUUGUUGUUGUAGUAUGUUUGUCCUUAGUAGUACCCGGUGAGAGAUGAAGCGAAGACCUUCAUUUUAAUGUUUGUGUCCAUCUGUAAAUCCAGCACAUCAGCAGUCUUCACGUCUCUCCUGUCGGUCAGUGUCAGUGAGGUGAAAUGAUCUCUUAAGCUUCAUCCUGAUCAAUUCUGGGAAGACUAAUCCUGAUCUGUGAUGUGCUCACACAAACCUGGAUUCACUCACACAUUUUCCCCUCCAGCUAACUUCUAAUCCACCUCCCGCCGGGAUAAGAGUCCCCUUCUUUGACCCCUCUUUCUUGGACAGAAGUUAGAGUUCCUCUCAUUCGUUAAAAACCAACAGAGUAAUGUUUUCCUGACAGACAGCGUUUGACUGGGAUGGCUCAGAUGGGUUGAUGACAGAUAGGGGUGGCCGGGGUUUGUUAACACACACAGAUAAUUAAAAUAAUAAUAAUAAUGCUUCAGAUUUUAUAGCGCUUUAUCGGAGACCCUCAAAGUGCUUUAGUAGUCAAAGUUGCCCCAGGGCAGACUAAAGAAAAUGUGGCUGCCAAUCCGCGCCUACAGCCUCUCUGACCACCACCACACAUCACUCAAAAUCAUACACUAGUGGAGGACACACACUGAGAGCAAGGUGGGUUGGUCUUGCACAAGGACACAACAGACAGACUGGGGAAAGGAGGGAAUCAAACUGCUAACCUUCCAGUUAUUGGAUGACCGCUCUACCUCCAAAGCUCCUGCCGCCCCAGUAUUGGCGUAUAUCCACUCUGUCUUUACAAUCUACUUUAGAGUGUCACGUUCAUGUUAUACAUCUGUGUAUGAUUGAAGUAUUAGGCCCACUGUUAUUGUUGCAGCAGUAAAACAAGUACAAAAUAAAGGAAUCCUUUGGUCUGUCUCCCUCAGGGUCAGGCGGACCUGCUGAAGCACGCCAGGAGUGAAGUCCAGGAGAACCUCAAGCAGAUCCACUACGCCGCCCUCACCUGUAACCUGAGCAAAGGCGGAUCAGGGGGCGGCUCCUGCGGCUCCGAGUCCAAAAGCAGACGCAGCCUCGAGGCUAUUCCCGAGAAGGCCGUCGCUGAGGACGAGCUCACCGACGAGGACAACUAA